GGGAGAGAGAGAGGGAGCGGGAGGGAUGUGAGAGAGCAGCAGCCUCCCUGAGCACAGAGCUGAGUCCUGUUCAUCAUCAGCUGCCUCUACCUCUCCUCCUCUCUUUUCUCUCUCUUUUCCCCUCUUUAUUUUUUGUCUCUCUUUCUUUCUCCUUACCACGUCUCUGGGGCUCAGGUCUCUGUCACCCCUUUCCCUGCGGAGGAUUCAGGUCACAUCUGUUCGCUGCCUGAGAACAAGACAUGGGGGUGAGUAUAGAUCCUGAGGGUCACAUUUUCAUUUUUUUAAAAUCCCUGUUUAAAUGUGUGGGAGGCCAUCAUUCCUAUUCAGUCUUAUCUGCAGCAUGGGCGAUGUCCAUAGACCAGGACAGGAGCUAAUCCCAGCCUGUUCACUGCUCUGUACAUCCCCUCAAUGCUGAAUUGCACCCCCCAUGCUCUGUGUGUUUAAUACCCCAUGGCUAUCCCUGGUGCUGAAAAGCUGCACGCACCAUAUACUCACACUGAUUAAUGCUGUGUACCUGUCCAUGGUGCUGAAUUGACUCAAUGCAUUGAUUGAUGCUGUGUACAUGUCCAUGGUAGUGAAUUGACUAUCUGUACACACUGAUUGCUGUGUGCAUGUUCAUGGUUCUGCAUUGACUCCAUGUACAGCAUGUUCAGUGCUGUAGGAAGGGAUGUUCAUGGAGUGGAGUGUAGAAUGUUUGUUCUAGAUUAGAAUGUGUCUCAGUGUUCUAUUGAUCAUGUAUCCAGUGUCCUUCCCUGGUAUGAUACAUUUAUAUGUGUAGAUCUCUCUGCCUCUAAGGGAUGCAUAAGAAACCCAUUGUUCUGCAGUCCUGCUUGGGAGAGAAGGGGUUAAAACUCCCAGGGUGACUUUGCUUGUGGAUAAUAGUUGUGCGCUGCGCAUUGCGGUGUCUUUCCGUCUGUCUGUCACCAUACAAGGCAAAGGGAGGGCUGGAAAGGAAAUACAGAAAUGGGAUGAGAUCAUGUAUUCUUGAGAGAGUAACACACAGAGAGAGGAGGAGAAAGAGAGAGAGAGCAACAGAGAGAAAGAGAGAAAAAAUCCAGAGAGAGAGCAGAAUGGAAAAGGAGACAUGAUGACAAUUGUGGAGAUGUAGAGAUUAGGAGGGUGAAAGAGAGAGGGGCAGGCAGAGACAUGUGAUGACUCAAAAGCCGGUAAUGGAUCAGGAGAGAUAAGUUAAAAGAGAACUAAUGCAAUCUGUUUCCUAACCAGUCACACCCGGCAUGUUAAUUGCUCUCUCUCUCUCUGGCAGUGAAUAGGUUAAACAUAGCAAAAGGCACCAAAUGUAACCCGGUAGACAGGAAUAUAUAUGGAGGUAAAUCUUUUUUUUUUUUUUUCUUUUUUUCUUUUUUUUUUAAAUGAGGCUGCACUGUGAGAAGGGCACCUCAAGGUCAGAGAGUGGUUUGCUGCAGUGGGAAUCUGCAGAGCAGCAAUGCAUCCAGCAAGCAUAGACCAUUCUCUCGUUGCUUCAUCUCUGUUGUGCAUGCAAGGGUUAAUGUUAUAAUUAAUUCUCCAGGGGUUUUCAUAUUGGAGCAAACAGUCCCAUUGCUGCUAGAACUGUAUGCAGAGAAUUGCAUUUUCUGUCUGUACUAUAGCAGAUGAUGAAUAAAAUUACUGUAAUUAAUCAAUUUUUCUUAUUAUUCGGUAUAGCUUCUGAUAUAUCAUACUUCUUUUUACAAAGUACUGUUUGUAAAGCAAGUGAAAACUGGUGUCUCCCAGUGGGGGAAAGGUUAAAAACCAGCCAAUUGAAAAAUUCUGAUGAGAAGAUAGAGAAAUUAAAUAUACAAAAAUGCAAAAUGAUUAAACAAUUUGCUGGAAUUACUAACUGUUGGAGAGAUCUGUUGAGCAUUGGUCAGUUAACCCCUACUUUGCUGGUUGUCUGCAAGGGAUGGUAAAGAGGCUUGUUAACCAAGCUCUGCUUUUCAGUAAUGGAGAAAUGGAUGCAUCAAGACAGCAAUUUUAUUUAACUGCUUAAUAAAGUGCUUUGGUUCUCAAGGGCAUGAACAUACAUUGUAUAGAACCACCAGUAGUUGGCAGUUGCUCAGAGAGACUGCAUUCAAUGCAUUAAAGGCUCAGGAGCCCAUAAUGUCAUUUCUCAAGGUCAUAGUGUGUGCCCACUCAUACUCAUGUAGUGCACGCCCCUCACUCAUAGACACACAUUCACUCAGCUACAACCCCUUGCUCACGCACAUUAAUUUACAGACACAUUAACUAAAAUAUAAUACUAUCUCACAUGUGUGCACUGUAUGUGCAAAUAUGUACUCCUAUAAGCAUAAUCCACCAUAUUUAGAAUAUUACAUGGAUUUAAGGGCAAGCACAAUCUUUAAUGACCGACAAAUCAAGUAUAUGGGUGUCUUGGCAUUUAUGUAAGGCAUUAACAGGCACAUGUUAAAAAAGCCUCUAACCCAGGAGAGAGUGCUGGGGAUGUAGAGGAGGGGGUAGGGGGAGGGAGUGACAUAUGGCAGGGAUCUCACUGUGGAUAAUCUCCAUGUUAGCAUAAAGGAGGGGUUUGAUUCAAUUCUGUAUUUUGCAUGUGGCAAAAGAUCAAAGAUAUCAGAUGUAACCUUGAUAAAAGAGAAAGUUAAAAAGAGAUGAGAUAAAUAGGGUAGGUUAAUAAAGGCCUUGGAAUGAUGGGAUGGGUUAAUGAGGGAGGGGGCAGAAAAAAAAUUGGGAAAGGAAAGAGACAGGAAAUUGCUGAAGGAAGGGGUAUGAGACAGUGAUAGGUAACCUUGGAUUUCUGAAUGACUCGGGACUACAUUUCCCAUGAUGCCUGACAAUCUUAAAGAUUGUCUAAGCAUCAUGGGUAAUACAGUUCUGAAAACCCUGGCAUGAAAAAGCUAGAUGAUUGAAAAAGACUGAUUAAAAUAGAAAAUAAUAUAUUGGUAAUGGAGAUUAGGCAGUAAGAUGCAGAGAAGGGUGGAUGUAAGUGAUAUAUAGACGGAGAAGGGAAGGACGAGGAGACACAGGCGAUAAGCUGUGCAUGGCAAUCUCAUUAAAUUAAAUGAAUAAUAAGGACGAGAUGGCUAGAAAGAAUGCAUAUAUGAGGCUCAUGGAAAAUGACAAAUUAAAUGUGUGUUAAAAUGAUAUGGAAAAGACAAUAAAUUAGGAAGGAAAACUUAGGAGACAAAAUGGAGGAUGAAAGGAAUAAAAGGGAGAGGUUUAGAGAGACUGAAAGAGAACGAUAAUUAAUGUUUGAUGUAAAAAGGAUCACAUAGCGGAGAGUGUGGGAGAGAGACAUUCGUAUAAAUCUUUAAAAAUAUAUAUAUAUGUUUUUUAAAAGAGAGAGAUUUAGAGAGGAAAAUGGAUGAAUGAAGGGAAUGAAUGUCUUUGAGUGGAUCCCAAGAUGGCUGCUCAUACUGAAUCUCUGUAGGACUUGUAUCAGGAGGGACUUUGGUAUUAACACACUUGGUGCUGGAACUGAUACUGAUGCAAUGUAGGGAUAUAAAAGACAAAUACCCCACCCAACGAACGUUGCCAACUGUUCACAUUAUGUAAUCAGCUCUCUGAAUGAGAGUAGUUUUAAAGCUACAGUCUUUAUGCAUUUAUUGCAAAUUUACAGUUCUGAGUUAACCUUUUUAUCCAUUGUUUGGAACCGAAAGCUAACAUACAUAUGAUGUAAUGUGGAAAAAGGAUCUAACUUGUGCCUCAUGCUCACCACUCAAACUUAUUUAUAGAGUGUUAUUCACUAUCAGAAAAUGAUAAUGAAGUGCAAAAUUAAGGCUAAAAUAGUCAAACUGAGCCUUUUUUUUUUUUUUUUUUGCAUUAGCCAUUGUUGCCAUUUGGUUAUCAAUUCACUUCAGUUCUGUAUUUAGUGAAUACAAAACCUCAUUGAUUUUGUUUCAUACAAUUGAUUUAAUGAACUUUGUGAAUGUGAUAUCUCAUAUACAACAACCAAAGCUCACGUUUGUUAACAAUUUGUGUGUUGGCGGGCUGGUAUUCGGAAAUUAGGGCGUCCCAGGUCCUCUAACCAGCCUAGUGGCUGAGAGUGAGAGGGGUUGUAAUCCAGCAGUGGUAAUAAGCAACUGUUGUAAUCCGAAAUCCAAUAUUUUGACAGCUUUUGAUUUGCUCAUGUGUUUAUUAAACCAUCACAUUUAUUGUACAGAUGCAACAAAGUCCUUGACGCAAGGCAAUAUCAUUUUUUGUUUAACUGUCAGAUGUCAGAAAUCCUUAUGGCUUGGGCAGGCCUCACUGAGCAGAAGUACUGUGCAAUUCCAAUAGAGAGAUAAACAGACCACAAGACAAUAGCCAUUAUUACACAUUAUAUAGCAGGCACAGGCCAUAAAUUAACCGCUCUGCCAAUGGCUGAAGAAUUGCAGCUGCUGUAAAGCGACAUAAAGAAAGAUGGAUGGUAUUUUUGGGCCAGACUUUAAAUCACUGUUCACCUUCCCAAAGUCAUGGACCACAAUGCAUUGUGCUUUUUAAAAAAAAAAAAAAAGUAUCACGAGAUCUGGCAGCAGCCAUCUUGGAUUCUCAAUACAUGUGAUCAUUAAAGAUGUCUUUUCUUCAUUAAUCCAUUCAUGCAUGGUGUCUAGAGUAGUAAAUUGUGGGAGAUAAAUAAAUUUGGGUAACUCUUGCAUUAACAUUCUCAUGAACCAUCUGUCAAGGGUGACUUUCAAAUAAGAACAGUCUAUAUAUUUUACUUCUUACUAAUUAUUUAUACAUGCAAUAUGAAUAUAUAAAGGAUUUAAAUUGCGGUGUCAUUAUCAACCUAUUGCUCCUGUAACAUUUUGUAAUUGCCUAAUUUAUUGUUUAAUGUCCCCCUUUUAUAAUAUUGAAUGCGCUGCGGAAUAAGUUGGCGCUAUAAAAAUGACAAUAAUAAUUGAUCAGUUAGUUUUAGCGUAUCAAAAUGUAUAAGCACACACACACAUUGUGAUCUGCCUGUUGUUGUAACAGCAGGGCACUUUUUAGAAUACUAUAGUGUUUAGUGAUCUGUAUGUAAUGCAUAGUUCACCACCAUACAUUAUAGAGAGGUAGGGGCCUAAGCUCAGGCAGAUCCAUGACAUACAUGCGCUUACCUGCUUGGGAUUAGUGGGAGUUACAGUUUUGAGUGGUAGCUGCCACCUUUUAUACCUCUGCUGCACCAAAUUAAUAUUGGCACCCGAAAUAACUGUCUUAUUAUUAUUAUUAUUAUUAUUAUUAUUAUUAUUAUUGCUAUUUAUAUAGCGCCAACAGAUUCCCUAGCGCUUUACACUAUUGGUAGUGUAACUCCCACUAAUCAUGAAUUGAAUCUGGAUAUAUUUCGAAAACAUCUAGAUGUGCCCAAAACCCGUUCAUAGCAUUAUUUUUACACUAUACACAUUUCAUUAUUAUUAGGCUCAUUUCCUAAGGUGAUCAUUUUUGUGAAUUCAAAACGUAAUUCAAACUUAAGGCCAAAAAAACCCAAGUUGAAAACAUAACCGACUUUUCCUAAUUCAGCUUUUUUUGGCCUAAGUUUUGAAAUUCACUUUGAAUUCCCAGAAUAUUUAAUUUUAGUGAAUUUAUUGCAUCCUCUUUUUCUCAUAUAAAUCUCAUAUAUAGAUAUAGCUAAAAAUAAUGAAAGCACUCAAUCGUUUUGAGAAAUGAAAAAAAGUGUAUUCACAAUCGCAUAAAAAAAUCAACGUUUCGGCCGACAAACUGGCAUUUAUCAAGAUAUGUAUACAUAUACAGGUGGCAUAUAUGCUCAGCUCUUUAUAUCUUUAGCUCUGCAGUCUAUAAUUCCAUAAUGCCAACUAAAUCAUAGAUGUAGAUAGAUAUAUAUAUAUAUAUACACACACACACUACAAGAACAGUCAGAAAAUAAUGAGUUAAACAUGCAUGUAAACCGUAUCAUGCAUGUAAAAUAUAAUACAUAUGGAGGCACUCUUAACAUCGAGUUAUAUGGAAUAAGGACAUUGAAGGACAAUAAUGUAAAUGUUUCUUCCACAGAAUGUACUUACGUGCUUACAGAGCUUACAAAAGGUGUUUAACCCUACCUGUGGCUCGCCAUGACCAUACUAUUAUGUUUUAAACAAUGCACAGAGUAUUUGUGUUCAGUGUAUGAUAUACUCUGGAGUUUAUUGAAUAAACCAUGGAUUGUAGACUAAAUAGUAAAAUUUAAAAAAUGAUCCAACUCACACAAAGUUAUGCAUUAAAGUGUGAAUUGUCUGAAAUUAAAAGUGAGAUCAAAGUGAAUUAAUUUGUAUUGUAGCAGCCUUGAGAAUAUGGCUGUUUGGCAGAUCUUUUCAAAUUUAGCUGUAGUGGCUUAAAAUUGGAAGUUCACUUUCAAAUAAUUUGGAAUUCCCUUAAUGUCAGUCUUUACUCCAGUCAGCAAUUUUUCUCAAGGAAUGAUGUUUCACAAAACCAAGAAUUUCCAGAAUAGCCAAACUGGAAUAAUAGGCUGAUUGAAGAUUUUUUCAAAUUCCUUAAUAUUGGUGUAACUUUGAAAUUCCCUUGUUGGCUCCCUAUUAUCCACAGUUAAUUACAGAAUAAUGAAAUCAUGGCCUAUAAUUAAUGGCCUAUUUGAGCGUAAAAUGUGCAUUUCCAUUGUAAAUUCUCCAAUUGUUGUUUUUAUUAAGAAAACUAGUUUUCAAAAAGCUCAUGUAAUACUUUGUCUAUAACUGAUCAUCUACUUUAGGGGUUCCAAAAAGGUAGAACUCCAGAUGUUUUAAAACUACAACUUCCAUGAUGCUUUACUAAAGGCUGUAAAAACAUCAUGGUUACUGCAGUUCUACAACAUCAGGGGAUCUAACUUUUUGUCACUCGUGAAAUUCUGUUUUAGAGAAUGUCUUGUGCAUUUUUAUCAAGAGGUUGAUUUGUUAUGUAUCGAAGGUCUAUUAUCAGUUUCUACAUGAGUCCAAUCCGUAAGCAGAGGAUUUUGUAGCUGGUCCAAAAUUUGUCUUGGUAGUAAGAGAUCAGGAGUAUUCUGGGAAAGAACAGUUGAUUAGUGUAUUUUAUGAAGAAUCAUACGUUGUCUCAAUAUAUCAGUUUAGAUAUAAAGAAGGUAUCAAUAGAAAGAGUUCUAUGAAGAGGUUAUGUGCAGUUAUAGGAGGCAUUAUAUGGAGGGUAAUUUGGAGUAAUAGGAGGAGUUAUAGGGAGAAUUAUAUGGAGUAAUAAAGGAGUUAUAGGGAAAGGUUACAUGGAGUUAUAGGAGGAUUAUACACUGAUCAGCCACAACAUUAAAACCAUCUGCCUGAUAUUGUGUAGAUUCCCAUCAUGCUGCCAAAACAGCUGAGUCUUGAGGUAUAUACUCCAUAAGACUUCUGAACAUGUCCUAUGGUAUAUGACACCAAGACAUUCGCAGCAGAUCCUUUGAGUCCAGCAAGUUGCGAGGUGGGGUCUCAAUGGAUCAUAUUUGAUGUUCCAGCACACCCAACAGAUGCUCAAUAAGGUUGCGAUCAGGGUAAUUUGAAGGCCAAAGCUGCACCUUGAACUUUGUCAUGUUGCUCAAACCAUUCCUGAACAAUUUUACAGUGUAGCAGGGUGCGUUAUCCUUCUGAAAGAGACCAGUGUACAUCAUUGCCAUGAAUGGGUCUACUUGGUCUGCCACAAUCUUUUCCAUCUCUAGGUAGGUAGUAUGUGUCAAAAUAAUGUCCACAUAAAUGCCAGGACCUAACCAAGGUUUCUCAGCAGAACAUUGCCCAGAGCAUAACAAUGCCUCUGCUGGCCUGCCUUCUUCCCACUGUGCAUCCCUUCCCCAGGUUCACAAAGAAAGAGAGAAAUAGAUAGAUUGCUAGAUGAUGGAUAGGCUUAUGUAUGUAUGUAUGUGUAUAUAUGUAUGUGUGUGUAUGUAUGUGUGUGUGUGUGUGUAUGUAUGUAUAUAUAUAUAUAUAUAUAUAUAUAUAUAUAUAUAUAUAUAUAUAUAUAUAUCUAUCUCCUUUCUCACCCCUACGGGUAGUAUCUUUGUAUAGUCCUCAUUCUCGUGUCCUCUUACAAAGACCUGGAAGUUUGAGGGUUCUGUGCAGUUCAAGCUGUUACUAGAACUUCACUUUGGGCAGUGAGCUUAGAUGUCCACCUGGAAUCUGCUGAAUCCACUCCCCCAACUUGGGAGUCAUAGCCCCGAGUGCUUCUAUCAUAACUGGGACUACUGCUGCCAUCAUUUUCCACAUCCUUUCUAGCUGUUCAUUGGGUCCCUGAUAUUUGCAUACCAACUCAAGUUCCUUCUUCUUGAUGUAAUGGUCACUGGUUAUUACCACAUCUACCACCACUGCAGACUUCCGUUCCUUGUCUACCACCAUGAUUUUGGAUUGGUUGGCCAGUAUUUUCUUCUCUCUCUAUGGAUAGGAACGUCCCACAGGAUCUUAGCCCUCUUAUUCUCAACUAACCUGUGUGGCACCUGCCAUCCAGACUUAGGCAGGUCCAUUCUGUGCAGAUGUUUCAGUACUCUAUUUCAAAAGCUAAAAAUACUCAACUGAGUGUGCAAAAUGCCAGUUAUAGCUUAUCGCAACUUAUUAUAAUUUACUAACUAAUACACAUAUCUAUAACAAAAAUCAAGAUUUAUUAAAUACAAAUGUACCCAAUUAAUAUUCAGUAGCCACUAUAAAACGUAAUAUGCUCUUGGAAAUAUGUGGGGGUAUAAGCUGAAAAAAAGUCCCCUUAAUCCAGUGCGCCCAAACAAGGCUUCAGCUUGGAUCCCCCAGGUCCAAAAUUGUUGUGAUGCCGUAGGUGUCCAUGUGUUAUCAGCAGUGUAAGGCUAUACAAAUUGUUGUGCCUCUCAGUGUAUGCUGUCACUACGAACAUCUUGCACCCAUCUACUAUGUGCUGAAUUGUCUCUGAGGCUUCUUUCCACAGUCUGCACCUAGAGUCCAAUCGGGAGUGGUAGACCAAUGCUCCUUUGAUUUGGUGCUAAGUGACUGUUCCUGUGCUACUAGGAGUAGUGUAUCAGUGAUGUCUUGCAUAAUAUAUAUUUAGUAAUAUAUAUUAUUAAACAACUCAGCUCAAUAAGGAGCCCAUUGCUGUGCCUCAAACCAGUAUAUAUUAAAUUAUGUGUCUUAACAGCACAUUAACUGGUAAUGUUUUUGAGCUGUUUAGUAGAAGUCUCUGACCACGGUACAGCAUGUAUAUUAAAUAUGCAGGACUUAUGAAGAUCCAUAAAACAAACAGACCAAUAAAUAAAACAAAUACAGUUAAUCUCCUUCAUUUAUUUGUGUCUCCGAACAAUUGUCUAAAAGUGAAAUUACUCUAAGUUGGCCAACAUUUUUUAAUCUUGUCCACGCUACAGUUGUUAGAAACAUAAUGAACUUUGAGAGUUUGUGAUAAGUGAAAGUUUGUUGGGAGAUCUGCAAUUAUUAUUCUUAAUAUUCACUAUAUAAUCCAACAAUGGAGACUUGCACAGAGGUUCAUGCUGUUAUUCAUUAAUCUGUAAAUGUUCAGUAUUUGUAAAGGGAAUUGCACACAACUGGCCAGAGUAACCAAACUGGGAAAAUAGAGAAUCUCUCCGGUUCAGCUAUUACAGCCCAUAAAAAUUGCAAUUCCCCAGUCAUUUAUUAACAAUCCCCAGUUUACAGAAUACUGUGAAAUUUGGAAUCUGUUGGAGGUGUUUAUUUUUGUCCCAGUAGGCUUGUACGAUGCAUCAGUUAUAUUAAUUUUUUGGUUAUGAGCUCUGGAUCCUUAAGAGAAUAAUAUUCAGCAUAGAUGAAGUCUUUGGUGUGCAUCGGGAUUGGAAUGAAUGUUGUAGGUUGUAAUAUACGUGCUGGGGGUUAGGAAACUAAUUGAUGUUAGGGAUUGAGUUAUGGCGUUCAUAAUUAGUAUAUUAGUGUUAUACAGAUGACUUUGCAAUUAAUACUGCUUGAAUAUGCAUUGGUGGAAGCCCUACAUAUUGCGUCAUUCAUUGUAUGUUAGUAGUUUUUUUUAAAAAUGCGUUGAGUGUAUUGGAGGGUUGUACAAGGGUUUGGAAAAUCUGUGAUGGUUUAAAUAAUAUGUUGAUACUUUGUUGAGUCAAACUAGUUUCUGAGAAACCUUUGUGGGUUUGUUACUGUAUGAUUGUGUUAUAAACAUGGGGAUUCAAUAAUGUCUGUCAUAUGUGAUGUGAAUAUAAUUUCAUGAUGAUCCCAUGAUUCAAGCCCAUCUCAGUGUCAGAUUUUAAUAUGCACCAACACAAUCCAUGUACAUAAUAGUUAUUACAUCAAAAACAAAAAGGCAAUAUUUCAGUCACCCUGGAAAGGAGGACGAAAGUCAUCAUUAUGACCAAAAUCAUGCCUUUUCAUUGUUUGGUAUAGUAAAUAUCACAUGCUUUAUAACCUGAAUUACACACCAGACCCCUAUGCAAAGAGAAAGGGAGAUGUAGAAAAACAUAUAGAGAUGGUGAGUGAUUGUAUCCCUUGUACAGAAUGUCACAGUGUCCACAGGGAAAAGACGAAGUUGGGUAGCGUUUUGGUCAUAAAGAUAGCACACUAAUUUGCCAUAAAUUCAGAAUCUGAUGAUAAUGCCUAUGAUAAUGGUAAUACAAUAUGCUUUUGGCACAUUGGUUCUGGUCAGGGAAUAGUAUAAUGGGAAUAUAAUAUGUUGUGAGAACAUGGCUAUGGGUCAGAGAAUGGUAUUAAGGAUGUGAUAUAUUAUGCAUACAUGAGAUAAUGCCAGUACUUGUUGAUGGAGGCAAUCAUUUAUUUGGGGGUGUAUUUGUUCAGAUUUUUGCUUGAUGUCAGUGAGGUCCGGUAUUGUUGGACCACGGGGCUUGGUUCAUAUUGCUCAGAGAUUAUCUAUUUUUACGUUUUUGGGUUUAAGCACGUGUUGGAUAUUUGAGAUAAUAUUUGUUGGGUGUAACCAUUUGUGUCAGUGUUUGGCAUAGACAAAAUCAAAUGUUUUUGUGGUUUGAUUUUUUUUUUUUUGUUAAAUUUUAUGCUUAGCACAUGCUGGAUGUUGGUUAGAUUAUCUGUAGUCGGGUGCAUGGCUUAAUGUCAUUACUAUGGAGAUAUUCUCUUGAUUGGCACGUGUAUUGCAGGUUGAUUGAAUUUCAAGCAAAGAGAAUUAUUUUAUUGCAAUUUAAAUGCUAAGUAUUUUAGGAGACAAUUCUUUGUGGUGUGAGGCAUAACACAGAGAAAACAGCAUGUAAUUAUAAGAUUACAAUUUUGUUCUCUGGCUGUAGUCCACAAAUGGACAAUGACUUUCCUGGCAACUAGGUGGUAGUUAUGUCUGGAGAGAGUAGAUGUAUUUCAGGUGGUGGAGUUUCUGUUCAGUAUUACUUGACUUCGAAGGUCAAAGUGUGGAUACAGGAAAUAGGGUUUAGGUGAUAGAGUUCUUUCCAUAUAUUUGAAGUUUUAUUCUCAUUGAAUCUGUUUUGACAUUUAGGUGUAAGUUUUUAUUUUUUUAUUUUUUUUUCUACUGAGAGGGUAGUCUAUAGCAGAACAAUAUGGUUUGUGCUAGAUGUUAAGAAGGUGAUUACAAUUGGGAAUUUGGUUAAUAGAAUGAUCAGAUUUCCAGAAAUUCUGCAUCGUGUUAGCAAACUAUGUGCUUUGUGUCUGUUUUAUCGGUGUUCUUAAUUACAACUUUUUGUCAUUUUAUGUCUUGGUUUCUGAUGUGCCUGUCUACAAAGGUUAAUGAGAUGGUGGGAAACAAUGCAAUUUUAUGAUUAGACCCUGUAAAUCAAUUAUUCAAUUUAAUGUUGAAAGAAUAGUAGAGAGGAUAUACCUUCUUAAUGAUGUAUUGUAGUAUAGUGAUAAAAUAAAUAUAUAUAUAUAUAUAUAUAUAAUGUAUCUGAUUUGGAGUACAGUGGAUUGUACAUUUAAGUUUUUAACUUGUUUCACACACACAUAUAUACAUUUAUUUUAUAUAAUAUUUUAUCUGAAAUUUUGAGAUAUAUAUUUUCUCAAAAUGAAACACACUACUUAUAUAUAAUUUAAUACAUAUAUAUAUAUAGUAUCUGAUUUGGAGUACAGUGGAUUGUACAUUUAAGUUUUAACUUGUUUCGAAAAUAUAUAUAUAUAUAUAUAUAUAUAUAUAUAUAUAUAUAAUUUAAUAUAUAAGUAGUGUGUUUCAUUUUGAGGAAAAAAAAAAUAGAUAUAAUAAAAUAAUAUCAGAGUUGCACUCAGGUCUUGUGAGUGUAGAUAUAUAUAUAUUUUAAUAAUUAGGAGACUUUUAGGAUUUUGAGAUGUACGUGAAAGAUUUAUUAUUUAAUAGUGGGCUUGAGCUAUAUUUUUAUAGUAUCCUUGUGCAUUGUAGAGAGAAAUCAAUGAAUAAAUUGUGCUGGCUAUUGUCUUCCAUUAGAGUCAUGGGUGAAAUCAGCUGUUGAUUUAAGAAUCGGUUCAGGUUUUGGGAAAUUAUUCUGCCCUAGGUAGCCUUGUUAGGUUUCUUGUCUGUCUUUACAAAACGUUUCUUUUUCAGAAAAAGUAGAUUUAAUGUCCAUGCUGGUACCACGGGAUUCAGUCAGAAAUUGUAUUCUUUGCUUUUGUAUUUUGUUUUGUUUUUUUUAUAUUUAGUAGUAACGUGUAUUAUGUCUCUUGUAAGAUGCUGCAUAGCCUGGGAACAUCGAUGAGGAAUGAUUUCACAUUAAGAACACGGUUUGGGGUUCUUGUUAGGUGGUCCUUUGUUGGGACAUGAAUUUCCAUCAAUAAGUAUUUUGUGCUUGCUGCUAGAUUUUGAGAGAAACAAUUCCUUGUCAAUAGUUGCGAUGACGGUUUUUAACAUUGGUGAAAAUAGCCAUAGACUUGAUGUUGGAAAAGUUUUGAGAAUCCUAACUUUAGUGUUUGAAAAUAAUAAUCUCACCAUAGUCCCUGCUCGUGGCAUAAAAAAAAAUAGGAAGCAGGGGAUAGGGGUCAAGCUGAGAACAUUCUGUCGUUAACCGAUUCUGCACUUGAUGUUGGACUUGGUGUUCUUGCAAAAUUUGAUAUGUUUGUGUUGGUUGCUCAGAAGAUAAUUUUAAGUUGGAGAUAGAUGUUGGAGGUAGCUGUUGAAGCAUAGAACACCGGAAAUGUAUUUACUAUUAGGUUAGUUCGAUGUUCUUACAAGAUUGACGUAAAACACGUAGACAUCGAGGGACAAUAAAGUGACUAUUGGAUUCAGAACUUAUGAUCCUAUACUCCUAUUUUCUAGGAACUGAGGAGAUAACCCUAUGACGUAUAUACAAAGUAAAUUGCGUUAAGCUGAAAGCUAUAAUAUCAAAGUUUGGAAAAUAAACAAAUUGGACAAUGUUUAAAGUUAUAUUUGGCUGAUUUAUAAUAGAUCUAUAAAAGAGGACUCUGCCAAAUUUGAAUUUGUGCUUUUUGCAUAAAAAAUCUAUUUAGGUUUAUUUUAUUUUUUUUUACUUAUUCGUAAACAAAUGUUUGUGGUUUCUUCCUUGUACUUUCCUUGUAUUUCUUGUACAAAAUAGAAGACAUACUGGCAAAUAACAAGAUGCCUUCUCAGGACUGAAAUUCCUGCAAAAGUAGUGUAAAUCAAACACACAGUCUGUGGAUGAAUGCCUGCAAAAGCGUAAUAUUCAGAUAUAAUAUUUAAUAGGUGGGUAACAAUGAUCCAAAGAGAUUUAACUGUCAUUCUGGGGUCAAGAAGGAUUUUUUUCCCCUAGUUUUUUGUAAAUUUGGAAAAAGCUCUAUACUGGGUUCUUUGCCAUUUUUUGGAUCAACAGCAAAAACAGAUGUGAAAGGCUCAACUUGAUGGACGUAAGUCUCUUUUGAGCCUAUGUUGACAUGGACAUUGUACGCAAGAUGUGUCAUUCAAGAAAAAAACUCUACCUAAAUUACAUGUAACUUAUUACCAUACCUAUAUAGCAUGUAUAGUCCCUGUUACAUCUGCUUAGUAUUAAAAAAUCAUGUGCAAUUUAAGAAUCGUGCAUCGUUUUAUAACUUUGGCUCUUGGUUUUUAGUUUGUCUAAUUCACUAAUAAACAAACCCUAUGUUGGGUUCCUAAAAGUGUCGUAAUGAUAAAUGGCAUGGAAUCUGUGCUGCUGUAGGUGAGGAACUGACUUUUGCAAGUAUUUAAUAUGUAUUAUUACUUAAAAAUCUCAAGCAACUCUACUGGGGGUGAGGAUAGUUUCCGAUGAGCAAUUUGAUCAAGGGUGCAAUCUGUGAUUUUUAAAGAAGUUGAAGCCGGCGCACAUUUUUAGUUCCCUACUUUUUUAAUGAGUCUCUGGUGCUCCUCUACCAUAGGGGUGCAUAUGGAACCAACACGGAUGAAAUAAAGUAUUUUGCACCUUGGGCAGAAUAAACUACCGAUGCCGUCAGGUCUAUAGAACUCGGAAUCCAAGGAGAAGUUAGUUAAUCUGGCAGAUCAUUACCUGGUGCCAGCUCUGUCACUUUGCACCAGCUCUUCUUGUAAUGUCCCUUGUCCAGACAUAAAUAAUUUAGUAGCAGACAAAUGAUCACUUGCAGUACGGUAAAUUGCACAGUAUUGCCUUUCACAAAGUGACGGGUCACUAGUCGCCAGUUGUAGGUCCAUGUAUAUCUGUGGAAUCUCCUCAUUCUCCACCUGUGAUCCCUGACUGCUCCGGUGGACACGGUUCAUAGGGAGUAAACUGCAGUUGCUGCAGCACUGGCUCUGCGCCAGAGGACUUUAUCUCUCACUACAAAUGGCUUCUCCCGCAGUGCUGCAAAGACAAGGUCACCAUAGGACCAUCAUGAGCAAGGUUAUAUGUGUGACAGGGAGAGACAGAGAGAGAAAGGGGAUGGGGACGAUUGGUUGCAGUGGUUUUCUAACAAUUAAAAUCUAUUUCUCAUUAUAUUUAGUAAUUCUUUGUAAAAAUAUGGGGACUAAAUUAAACAGGUGUAAGUGCAGCAGAAGAGAGAAUGAGAAAAGGAGGGAAAUGGGAUGAAAGGGGAAGAGAGAGACAGAAAGAGAGGGAAUGAAAGAACAGAAGAGAGAGGGAGAACGAGAAAGAGAGGGCGAAGGGGUAAAGAGAGAGUGAAAGGGUGUGGGUAGUAAAGAAGAAAUGAAGAGAGAGAAAAGGUGAGAGAGCAAAAGAUGAAGAAAGAGGGAAGUAAAGAGUGGGGAGAAAGAGAGGGUGAGAGAGAGACAGCUAGAAAGAGAGAUAUUGAGAGAGACUCGGCAAUAAGAGAGAAACACAGAGAAAGAAAAAGAAAAUGAGUGGAAGAAGGGGAGAGAGUGAGAGUAACGAAGGAAGAAAAAGAGGGAAGGAGGGAAAGAAAAAGAUGUCAAAAGCAAGAACAGGGAAAGAAAGAUAGCAAGGAGAAAGAGAGGAGAAGAGAUAACUGAAUGAGUGAGCAUAAAAUUUAAAAAUACAUUAAAUAGUGAUUAAUGUAACAAAGAAAAGGAAGAAGGGAGAAAAGACUGAAAGAUAAAGAAUAAUUUAAUGAGAGAAGGAAAGAAAUAAAGGACAAACAGAGAAGCAAAGGAGUUAAAGGUAGACAAUGAUAAAUAAAUAUAUAGAUUGUGUGCAUUAUCUGAAUGGAGUGAUCCCAUACUGUGCGUUGGUGUCACUAUCCUUGCAAUUAUUCCCCGUAAUAAACAGGUAAUAAGGCAUAGGCUGCAAAUUAACCUCUACACGACACAAACGCUAAACAUUAACCCCUACAAUAUCCCACAACUAGCUGUUAAGCGCUAUAUUACCUUAACACUAACAUUAACACGAAACCUAGAAAUAUAAGGUCUACAAAGGGAACAUGCAUACUGUAUUAGGGAAAUAUAAUGCCAUUUCUGUGCUAUAUAGGACUACUCUGAGCAGGUUAGGGUGGAGGAGAGUUAAGGGAAAUGUAAUGUUAGCAGAUUCAGAAAGAGGGAAUCACAGAGGAGAGGGAGGGGAAUCUGUCACUGCGUCUCUGCUGCCCAUCCGUCCGUGGCAGGGUUUUUCGCUCAGCGCCAUUUUAGAAUGUUGAUUCACUUGCAGAAAAUGUGUCUGAUCAUUAACUCUUCAUGAAUGUGUGUUGUAACAUGUUAAAAAGAGAGAGGACUUUGCUUCAAUACACAUUAACCCAUUCACUGCCAAAAUAACAUACGCAUUUCUACUUUCAUUUUGUAGUUCAAAGCUCCACUUACCUUUCUGAUCUGGAAAUUUAUUUUAGGCUGUCGAGAAGUGAAUAUCUCUGACUCAUUCUAUUACCGUACAUCUCUGCAAGAGGCCUUAAAGGGGCACUGUGAGCACCAUAACCAUUAUUGUAGGAGGGGAUUGUAGUGCAGGGAGUAUUUGGGUUUUUCUAGUGGUUCCUAAAGCUCAGACCCUGAUCUACUACUUCCAUAAUUUAAAGGUUUCCCUUUCGCAUGAUCUGUACAUGUGGGGAGUGUUGAGCUAACCCAUCCCAGCCUAUCAUCGCCAUCCAAGUUUGGACAACUUUGGACAGAAAAUGAGGAAGUGACACUUCCUCAUUACCAGGGCAGCAGCACAGGGGCUGGGUUUUGAGUGCUGGGACAGCCCCCAUCCCAGUUUUUUAACACUGCUCAAAACAAAUUUGUCAAAAAAUAAAGGGGAUGGCAACCAAAGAUUCAUUGUUUCAUAUCCACCAUUAUGAGAUAUUGAGACUAUGGUACUUAAUGUGUCCCGAAUCUAGACAUGAUACAAAAUGCAACUCUGGAUUCUCAAUUAGAAAAAUGUGUCGCCCGUACAGCAUUGCUGUUAUGCAUGAUCUUAUAGCAGCCAGAUUUAUUUACUAUUCAAAUAUGUUAAAUUUUCUAUAGAAUUUUGUUACAGCAUGCAACAAACGUAACUACAGUAAACCAAUGAAAUUCCAUUUCAUUAGUACUACAAAUCAAGGUUAGUACCAACAUUUUUAUUCUCACCUUAUAAAAACAGGUCUAGCCCUGCAUAUGUGGGAUAACUGAUAUCAUUACUAAUGCAUGAACAUUGCCCAUUAAAGUUUAAUUCAAGAGACCAGUUGGAGUCUUUAGCCACCAUGUCAGUUUCAAGGCCUUUGCAUAUUUUGCAAACACUUCCUGUAGGCAGCAUGCCCGCAUGGUGUGCAGUUAUCUUUAGAAUACGAGAACAGGAUAUGUAUUUACCUGAAGCUGAUAAUGUUUAGUCCAACGUCUCUGGCAGACCAAGGUCUGCUGGUGGAAGAUUCUGUGCAGUGUGCUUCCCAGCUCCAUAGACCGUUCGACCACAAAACCCAGAGAUGGUCUGACGAUUGCCUUGGUGUUCCAGGCCUGCAUGUGGAGGAGAAACCACUGAUGCUCGAAGCUAACCUCUGAAGUGAGAAAAUCCAUCUGAUGAGAUGACGGUCUGCUUUUGAUAUAUUUGUAAAAAAUAGUGGGCCAAACUCAGACUGAAUGGAAGACAGAUGAACUGGCAAGGGUAACCCUACCACCAGAACUGAAUAUAAAAAAUGACAGUCAAGGGUUAUUGUAACCAAAAGAUACACACGUCCUUGAGAUCUAGGUGUGCAAACCAGUCAUUCCUAAGCAGUAGGUCCCACAGAAAAUGGAUGCCUUACAUAUUGAUGUGUCUGUGCACUAUGAACGAGUUGCGGUGAUGCAAGUUUAUGACUUGAAUCUCCAGUUUUCUUUUUUUUACCAGGAACAGGUUGCUGAAGAAGCCACCCUCAUCCUCAGUGAAUUAAACGGCCCCACUGGAGAAUAGUUACUGAAUUUCCCAGUCGAGGGAUCUCUGUUCCUCUUAGGUCUAAAUUGGUAGAGGAAAGGAUGCCUGAACCAGAUGGAAUGAAACUCUACCACAUAGCCUUGCACUGCCUCUGUCAGUUCCCUCUGAGUGGUGAAGCCCCAGUUCCUUGGAUCCCAAUUCAGAGAGUUUGGAGUCAAUACGAAGGAAGGCCAUUUUGCUUCGCUCAGUGCUAAGGGCUGCAUUUAUAUUUCCCAUCAGGCAAAUGAAGCUUAGGGCCUACUCUCUAAUACAAUUAGGGUCAAGUUGUGUAUCCAGUGACAAGGCUAGGUCUGGGAAAUAGAACUUCUUAGCCAAUGAUCUCAACAAGUCAAAGCAUUUAUCCUGCUUGGCCUUUAAACGCUUCUCAAAUCCCUGUGUUGGAUAUCCUCUUGUCUGGGACAUGAAUACCACAACGAUAGAAUCGAACUCCGUAGUCUGGGCAUUUGGCCCUGUGGUGAUUUUGAAUCUUGUUAUCCAACUGCUUUCAUAGCCAAUACUGAUCAUAUCUGGAUAGAUGUUUAAUAAGGGACCAUUCUGAAGAUCUUGUGUGUCGAAUGUACCUGAGAUCAAAACUGCAUUCCUAACUCUAUAUGUCCCUCUGCCCCUGCACAUCCCCCUAGUGAAUAAACGGUUAAAAAAACUUUUUUCACUUAUAUGAUUUUAGUGCUGAGGUCUUCGGCAUCUCCAACACCAGUGGUGGGGUCAACCUAAUGUGCGUGAGCGGCAAUGCUCAUUGAUUUCCUAUGGGGAUUUCAAAGAUGCUGGACGUCCACAUGCAGUGUUGUUUCAUGGAGUUAGACCCGGAAGUGCCUCUAAUGGUUUUCUGGUAGAAUAGACUAGAAGCAGUCUUAACCUUGCAAUGUAAACAUUGCAGCUUCUCUGGAACUGCAAUGUUUUACAUUGCGGGUUUAAGGGGACAGAGGCAUUGCACCCAGACCACUUCAACUAGGUGCUCUGGAUGCCUAUAGUGUCCCUUUAAAGGAAUAAAGUUGUUCACCAAAUCUAAAUUAAGCAGUCAUGAAUCAGAAUGAUGUAACAGAUAUGAGCAAUACUCUGACCUGUGCAACCAUCAAGGAGCAGUAAAGAAAGAGGAGAUGUUUAUCUAAUGCGAGCCUUUUAUAGCCUCCUAAUGUUUUUUUGAUUGGUCAAUAGUUCAUGUUCUGAUCUGCCUGCUAUUAAAGUACAGUAAAGAGAGACUAGCACAAUAUGAAGUCUCCUGUCAUGCAAAAUUCACCUUGUUGUUUCAGCUUUCGAAGCUGCAAACCAAACAGACCAGCAAAUCCACCAUCCUUCUAUCCAUUGUUAUCUCUGAGUCUCAAGGGUUUGCAUUAGAGGUUGAGACAACCACUUCUUAAAAUAGCAACCUUGUAUAUAGAGUUACACAAAAAGACAGAUGCAGCACACAAAUAAUUGGAGAUUACGAGCAGAGCUACACAUAUCACUUAAGAUUACUGAGAGAUGAUCCUUGUUCAUAAAAAGCUUACAGUCUGAAGACAACUGUCUAUGUUGCAACAAUGCUGCUUAUUUCAGUUUUCCCAAACUUGUUAUUUAAUUGGCCAAGCACUAGUGGGCAUCCUUUAAAGCAACACUUGAAGCAGUUUAACAACUUCAUCUUGAAGUUGUUAUAAUGCCUGCAGUCCUGAAAGCUUGCAGGAUGACUCAACCCUACACUUGGCACUGGAGAAAUGAGUAAUGUGUUCAUUUUUAAUUUAUUUCAUUUUUUUACAUGGGGGGUGGGAAGAACUAAUUGAUGAGGGGCAUCAGGGCUGUAACAUUAGGAAUAUAGAUUUUUAUUUCUAAUGCUACAGUGUUCCUUUAACUCAAGGAGAAGCAAAACCAAAUCAUCAUGGUUAUAUGAACACCACAAGUAUCACACAUCAAUCGUUUCCCAUUAUUGUGUUGUAAUCAACAAACCAGUGGCGUCUACCAGUCUAGGCAUCCAUUAGAAAAAACUGAGGUUACAGACCAAAGAUAAUGCUGCCAAGAAAUGAAGAUAUUAUUUAAAUCCCUCUUGUGGCCAUAACUGGUGACGCACAAAAAUGAAGAAAGAUAUAUUAGUCGUGGUACCUCCCAAAUCUCAAAUCUCACUUGUAAUAAAUUAUUCAAUUUUCCUGUAUAUAAAUGUACAAUAGACAAAAAUGAGACUGGUUUCCAGUUGCCCAAUUUUUGCCCUUUGCAUAUUGAACUAUACACAUCAGAGCAUCCAUUUUGUUUACAAUUUCUCACAUACCCACGGCCAUUUUGUGUUGUAAAAAUGGUUUUCUAACAGAAUAGUGAAUAGCAACCUUGGAUUCUGUUUCUUAGUAAAAACCAAACCAAAAAAAAUAUAGAUUUAAGAAAGACAAAAUUACAUCCUAAAACAAGAUUACUGGUUCAUAAAAAUAUAAUUCCCAUAAUGCCUAGCAAUACCAAAUGCUUGCUAGCAUUGCUAAGGAAAGCGUUACUUGUUGUGCUGACAAAAGUGAAGCUGUUUUUAAUUCCCAUUACAUUAGUAGACAUAUUGCAUAUUAUAUCCUUUUCAUUAUUCAAUAGAUUGCUUUGGGCUCCGAUAAUUUAAUUCACAGCUGAGAUAAUAACAGCCACAGUCAGAAUUAUUAUAUUGAUCUAAGGAAUUAAAGAACACAGCAGCUAUUCAAAUCAAACUGUAAAUUGACUGAAGAGACUAUAGCACAUAUUUAGACAUAAAUAAAUAAUAAUUCAUACUAAACUAAGUUUACUGCCUCGAUAGUCUGUCAAUCCAAUGUUCUCCCAUAAGAAGGCAGUGGGAGGCUAGUGCGCAUGCACGGCAGAACGCCACAAUGCACCAAUCAGAUCUGACUGAAAGAGUGGAGUUUUAGUCCACUAUUUUGGUGGAAGCUUCUCUAGUGACUGAAGAAGUGGGGGAUAGGGGACAUGGAGAUGAAGUGGCCUUUGAUUUGAUAGAUGUUGGCCUAGGUUGAAUGGCUGACGUCCCACAUAGUGGAAAUAUCUCUGAAAGUGAUGCAGACCGUUUUGCAAGUUUUUUGGCUGUUUUUGACAUAAUUAAAUCCGCUAGGUUUUUUCAUCUGUUGUUUCUUUCCCUGACCAUUAUUUUUUAAUGUAUUAUGUUUUUUUGGUUGUUUUUUUUUAAAUGCAACCAAUUUAUCAGUCUUUCAAUCACUUGUUCUGCCAAAAAACGUGUCCUUAUUCACUUUUGAAUCAACAGCAAAAACAAAUAUGAGGAAGGCUGAACUUGAUGGAUGCAAGUCUCUUUUCAGCCAUGUAACUAUGUAACUUUGUAUUUUUCUGCAGUCUUUUCUGAAAUAGAUAUUUACUUUUUAGACAAUUUUAGAACAAUUUUAUAAAUAUGAACAUUUAUUUAUUUUAUUUAUUUCUUUAUAAAAUAUUUUACCAGGAAGGAUAAAUUGAGAGUUCUCUCGUUUUCGAGUAUGCCCUGGGUCCACAAAACAUUGCAUUGAUACAAUAGGGUACAAUAAAAUACAAAAACAAUGUUAAUACACAAUAUAUAUACAAUUUUACAUAUUGGAGGACUGCUUUAAAAAAAAAAAAAAACACUUUCCAAAACACUUUGAUAAAUCUUGCCGAAUGUCUUGAAAUUGUUAAACGAAACAAAAAUUGCAAAAUAAAAAAACGUUUGCGGUCUCUGCUUUCCAGCCUCUGGUGCAGAGAAUGUGUGAUCAGUUUUAUUGUCAUUAUAAUAUUACAUGACUGGUGCGAAUUUUCCAAAACUACACAACCUGUGUGGUUCCUAUAUUCCCUAAAUAACCUGUCGUUAGAAAUUCGGCACACCUGGUAAUAAAAUUGCUCUGGGUGCUCAGAAUUCCAAUUUGUAUUUUGGUUAAAGGGGUGUUACUUUUCCCAUUACCACUGCCUGAAUGCUGUAUUGCUAACUAAAAAGGUUAUUCACUAAAGCAGGAAUUCAAAGUGCUUUUCACAUUUAAGGCUAGAGUAGACAAAUUUGUCCAGGUUCGGCUCUACUGACCUAAAUAUGAAAUUCACUUUGAAUCCCAGGCUGGUACCAUUUUGAGAUAUAGUCACGUAGUGCCGAAAUACAAAUUAUUUUAAUAACAUAGAGAACAAAAUAGGGCUGAAUUGAAGAAUUUAGGGCAGUAAUGUUGAAUUUAGGGCAGCAAGCCACAGUACCUAAACAUCAGACGUGUAGGGUAUAAUUUAUCUUAAUCUAAUUUAUCAGACGUGUAAUUGUUCCUUAGUGGCCCUUUAACCUCUUAAGGACCAAACUUCUGGAAUAAAAUGGAAUCAUGACAUGUCACACAUGUCAUGUGUCCUUAAGGGGUUAAAGGGACACUCCAGUCACCAUAACAACCUCAUCUAAAUGAAGUUGCUAUGGUGCCAGGAGGCCCCCAGGCACACUCUUGCCUUAAGGGAUUAAGUUGUUCUCCAGCGCCAACCCACAGGUGCCCUAGGAGGCAUCCAGUUUCAAACACUGAAUUCUAGGGAUGCCCCAUCAUAUGUAAAAUAUACAUUUCUUUUCCUUAUUACUUGCCCUGUUGAAAUCAGAUUUUUUAAAAAGGCUUUUAGUUGCCUAAAGCCUAAGAGUAAAUGGCAGCUGUAUUCACAUAUGAAGGUAUAUGUGCAUGCAUAAGGACGACUGCGUGUUUAUGAGCAAUUAAAUUGACCAAUUAUUUUUAAUGACUGGCAUAUAAAAAAUAAACAAGCCUGCUUUCAAUAUUAUAAUAUAAAUAAAAUGAUAAUAUAUGACAAAUUAAAUACAUAAGAAAGAUGACUGUGCAGAAUAGUCUCAAAUCCCAGUGAAUAAGAUUUUGAGAAUGAACUUUAUAAUUCACUAUGUAUACAAUGGUGAAUUGUGCAUUCCAUGGUGUGUUUAAUUUAUAGAAAGACUUGCAGGGGUAGUUCCUAAAUUCAAUUCAUACUGGCCAUAAAAAUGGAGUGAUAUGCUUUUAAUUAAUCUUACUUAAUGCAGUUUUAGCAUAGAUUAGAAAAUGAAUUGUUCCACUUCCUAGGUGGUUUUCUAAUGUUGAUUGGAGAGCCACUUGAUUAGAUUAGUUAUUCAGAGAUAAAUGUGAUUGAUGUUAUUUUAAGCGCUUUCCCUUGGAGAUUUUAACAAUGAAAUUACACAAUUGAUUCCUCUGCUAGGAGGAAUCCUCUUGCUGAAAGGAGAUAUAAGCCCAAUGUAAUCUUAUUGAUAAUUUGUAUUUGAUAGCUCUAACCACUGGCUGUGUUUAUUAGAAAAAUAUAAGCAAACAAAGUGGCUUCCCUGUAGUUUACUUAAAUUAAAGGAUGAUAUUUUGAUGGUUGAGAAUUAGACCGUAUCUUCAGAGACGAGCGUACUCACUAAACAUCACAUUUCAGGAAUUUAGGCUCGGCUGAUAAACCAGCUCGGUAUUUUAAACGUUUCAAAAAGUCAGUACUUUCUGAGCCGAGUUGUCUUUUGUUGAAUUACACCGUUAGUUCUAAAGGAUCUUCAAUUGGCAAUCAACACAAGUCAGAGGAAAUGUAUUUGGCUAAAAGGACAGGGCUGCAUCUAGGAAAGGAAUAAUGGCACUCGGGUUCUAGGAAGGAUACCAGCACCCCUUAACACUUAGCACAUGGCUGUUAAAUGGAUCCAAGCUUGGCCUAGUAUCUUAAAGGUGCCCAGCCCCAUCUUACCCCCUAGCUGACUGCCCGAGGUUUAUUUUGGUUAAUUGGGCUAUGGCUGCACCUGCAUAUUAAUUUGACAUUUAAAGAUUCUAAGAUGGGGAUGGGCUAAUGGUAGAUCCCCAGAUGUUGUAGAGCGGCAACUGCCAUGACGCUUUGCCGUCCUAAACAUCUGUUCUUGAUGUAAUAUGCCCAGCCCUGUUUUAAGGUGUCAGGAAAUCCUGGUGAGGGGUGGGGGGGAAGGGAGCCUGACCGCCAUGUCUAUUUUGGACCUUAGUUAAAAAAAAAAAAAAGCCUAUUAUUCAGUUAUUUAUCCCUAAAUAUGAAUCUAAAGUGUGAGACUUGACUAUGCCAUGAAGGCAGGUGCUAUUUUCCUUGCUCUGCAACCUAAAAUUUGCCCCAUUUACCAGAAAUUGAAUUCCUAAAAUCUGAGGCCUACUUUGGCAUUCGAGCAACUCCAUAUAUCUGCAGUACACCACUUUUCAUUUUUAAAAUGCACAGUCAAACUUUUCUUUAAGCCAUCAAUUCAGCAUGCAAACAAGCGAAUGUUCUAUAGGAUAUCCUGGAUCAUUGCAGCGAAUCCUUUACUACUGAGCGUAAACCUUGUGUUUAUAACUGUUGACGACUCUUACUGUAUAUUCUUAUCUUACCCAUAAAAUGAGGUAUGCAUGAUCACUGUCUGGGUGAACAUUUCAAGUUACGGUAUUCUUGUAAACCGUUAUAUUAUAUUUUAUGCUUACAUUGUACUUCAUUUAUAUGCCUAAAUAGAAAAAGAUUGACAAAAAAAGAAAAGAAAAAGAAGUCUUGGUGAUCUUGGAUCACGAGUUAAGUAAAGUUAUAACUAGGUAGUAAUUUCUCGAUAUCUUGUAUGAACAUUCCCAUAGAUUUCUAAAAGAGCGCAUAAACAGAAUAUGCAUGUGUUCAGCCUGAAUUAGUUUAAUUUACUAAAAAAAAAAAAGACUGAAGACAAAAAGAUCAUCUCCAUAUUGCACUGAAAAUAGGGGUAUCUUUAGCUUGAAAUGUUCAUUUAAGGUAGUGUGCUGUCUCUUAGGAAUGAGGUAUCUGUAAGUAGCAGUCAUUGGAAGAUGUAUUUGAAAAUGUAGGAACUAAUUUACAGUAUAAAGAUUUUUUUUCCUAAACUAUGUUCGAGAGGAGAGUAGAUGGAAAAUAUUCAGGGGCAAACCUGAGAAUGAGUUCUCAAGCGUUAGUUUUUUGAACAAGGUGAAAUAAUGAAUAGAGAACAGCUGUCGUUCAGACAGGAAAGUAUAGUGCUGAAAAAAUAUUUUGUACCAGGUCAUUCGGGAUUCAUGCAUGUAGUGUUUGGGCGAAUUUCCUCCAUGCGAUCGUUUUGGAAAACACGAAUGUUUCUCUGUUUAUGAUUUCGACGAACCAAAAAAUUGGUUAAUUAGUGUACUGCAAAAGGUAAAUAUUAUCAAUAUCUGUACAUUUGAUUCAUUUUCGCACCAUUUGGUUCGCAGUAAAAAGAAAUCUAUAUAUUUUACAUAUUUGCUAUAUUUAUAAAAUAUAAAUAUUGUUUUUUUUUUUGUUUUUACUGCUCCUCUUUUUCCCCCCUCUAAGGUGACUUCUCACUAGAUCCAUAAAUAUAAUCAACAUUUAGUGUCUGUCCCCACUUAAUGUAUCAUAUUUUAGAGAAUGAUAAGUCAUCAGAAAAAAAAAAAAUACAGCAGUAAUUCAUGCCCACGUGGGAGUGUAGAAAACUAGAUUUAAGUUUUAUCUGUAUUUAGGUAAUAAGCUCUAUAAGAUGCAACAGGAAAUGCUAUAUGAGAGUAAAUAAGAAUAUAGCCUUAGAGAGGGAGAAGAAGAAAAAGACAAAAUAUUGUGAGGAUGAGAAUCAUGAUUUGUGGUGGCUCAGAGAUAUUACAAAAAUGGAGAACCUGAGUGGGAACGUAAAGUCAGCUGUGCCAAAAGAUGGAUGAAGGAUAAUAAGUUAGAAAUUAAUUUUGGAUUUAUCCACAUACGGCGGUCUAGGACACUCUGGCACCGCAACCACUGCAAUAGUUAUUGGGCUUGAAGCGUUCCUUUACCUUAAAUAUAUUUAUGUCCGGGGACCUUGGGUUUUUGUUUGGGGGGUGGCGGGAAUGUUUUCUGUUGACCAGUUUUUGUAGUUGACCUUCUGUAUUUGUUUACAUAAUGUCACUGUUUGGAAUUUUAUCUUCACACACAAUUUUGUUAUAAUCAGCAAAUUCUACAUCCUCAGCUGUCAAUAAUGCAGGUAACUGAAAGCAUAGCAGAUACAAAGUUAGAUGUGUCCUAGCCCAUGCCUGUGGUUUAAUGAGUUCAAUAAAAUGUACAGUUUGAAAUCUUUCAAGGCUAUUUCAAAUCCCUUGUUUUAAAGAAACAAUGCAUCAUAAGGCAUACAAAUGUACAUUCCUAAUGCUAUAGUGUCCUAGUCACAGUGUAGGUGACUCCCCCCCUCUGCCAGGGUUAACUGCCUUUACUUGCCUUUUCUCCUGCACCACACUACUCUCCCUGUGGUCACCCCACCUCCUUGCUAAGAUCAUCAAUCUUGAUGAUCUCAGCCAAUCCAAUGCUUUCCCAUAGGAAAGCAUUGAGAGGCUAGAGCACAUGUACGGCAAGCCUGCACACUCUGCCAAUCAGACGGUCUCUGAGUUUUAUUUGGCUACUUUGACAGACGUUCUGUCAGAGUAACAGUCACUAUAGGCAUUUAGACCCUACAAUGUAGACUUCGCCUUUCCUGCAGAAGGAUAAUGGUUUUUAUUUGUAGGGUUAAAGAUGAAGUAAUCUGUUUUUAAUGAGGCACUUGUGAAUCGAAGUGUGGGGUUGCUCAACCAAUGUAGUUAUAGUUAUUUGAAUUUUACCAGCAAUGUGUGUCUCGCAUUUCAAGGGACUGCAUCUCUCUCUCUAAAUAUAGUGUUUUAUGUUUUCAAGUAGUCUUAUUCAUCUGUUACUUCUCCAUCACAGAUUGCAGAUUUAGCUAUGACUGCUAUACAUUUGUUAAUGUUUUGUGUGUUUUCCACUGAUCUUGGGCUUCUUUGUCUCCAUUUUAACAGUACGGCAGGUCAGACAGUUACCGCGUUGCCACCACGCAGGACAAUCAGGAUGAAAAAUCCCCAAAGAAGGGCAAGGGGAUACAAAAAAAAGAAAUGGAUGAACUGAAGAAAGAGGUGGCAAUGGUAGGUAAAGAAAAGUCUGGACAUUAAUGGGUUGGCAGCAUGUUGAGAUAACUGACUUUUUUAAGGAGAGGAAUGGAAGUAUACUUGUAUGCAAAAUGGUGUGUGAGAACAGAGGUGAAUUGGGGCAUGUUAAAAUGUGUCAAUAACAUAAUUUUGCUAAAGUAGUUUAAAGAUCAGUUCUGUAUGAAUGUGAAGAACAUCUGCAUGUGUACGUAUGUGACAUCACUCUAAGAGGCCAACAUGUAUUAAUGGAGAUUGUAAACAGUGUGGAAUACACAGUGUGUGCAAAGUAAGAGUGUAAAAAGUUCAUAUCUGUUGCAUGAAGUUAAGUGCUUUUUAUUUUGUUAACCUAAUUUCUGUUCUUUUCACAGACAGAGCACAAAAUGUCAGUGGAGGAAGUAUGCCGGAAAUACAACACAGAUUGUGUGCAGGUCAGAGACGGACUCAUGUGGCGCAACACACCAAACAUUAAAUAGAAAAUAUAGUUUGCUUAAUCUUUGGUAGUACUCUCCAAAAGAAUAGAAAAUAUAUGUGUACACACUAUCAGAAUACUUAUAUGUAUUAGUGCACUACAUGUGUUAGAGGCAGUCAGCGUUUUGCCCCACAGUGGAAAAAGACGUCUUCGUCAAGAUAUGUAUAAUAUAUUCAUGCAAUUACAUUGUUCUUUAAAUUCUUAUUUUAUUAUAUUUCGUUUAGACUUAAAAAUUUGUGCUUUCUGAUCCUAUUGAAGACUGAUUUCUCUAUAUGGGCUUAAAAUAUUGAGGGCCUAAAGGAUAUGUGACGCUUUAAUACAUUUAUACUGGGGGUUUCCCAUAUCCUAUCGAACUACACUGACCAUGAUGCUUUGUCAACCACUAGAAUAGCAAAUCAUUAAUAGAAUUUGAAGUUCUAAAAUAUCUCGGGAUCUACCUUCUGGUCAACCCUGAUUUAGACUUUCUCAUACCUGGAGUGUUCAUGAUUAUUUCCUUUUUCACAUAUAUUUAUGAACACAAUCAUAUGUUUGCUAACAUACACAUACAGCUUCUUCUGUGUUUUAUCGUGUUAGUGUUUAUUUCUCUCUCACCCUCUUUAUAUUUGAUUUUUUAGGGGUUGACAAUCAGUAAAGCAGCAGAGAUUCUGGCCCGGGAUGGACCCAAUGCACUUACUCCCCCACCCACCACCCCUGAAUGGAUAAAGUUUUGCCGUCAACUGUUUGGAGGGUUCUCCAUUCUUCUGUGGAUAGGAGCCAUUCUCUGCUUUCUGGCAUAUGGAAUCCAGGCGGGCACAGAGGACGAUCCAGCAGGAGACAAUGUAAGAAGGAUAGUUACCUGUCUCUGUAUGUACAGAAAAUUUUAGGGAUCCUGCUGAUGUACCUAAAAACAAAGAUAUAAGAUACUGCAAUAAUGCCUGAUAUAGGAAAAAAAACAGUUGCACUCACAAGUUAGAGAUGAUAAAAGCACCUUAUGGGUGCCACCUACGAUUUCAAUAGGGGGCUAAAGCUCCUCCUUGGGGCUUUUGUGAUGUUUCAGCUCACCAAACGAUAUACCGGAGGUUUCAUCAAAAGGAUACUUAUUAACAAAUAAAAUUAAUUACACAAAUAGUGUUAAAAAUGCUGGUCCAUAGCUUUUCGUGCUCAAAUGAGACCUUCCUCAGGGACCCAUGUAGAUAAAAGCAAUGACAACAAUGUAAUAAAACCUUACAGUUUAAAUAACCCUUUCCUACAGUCAUUAUAUAGGGCUAACCCAAAAAAAGUCAUUGGUGGAGUUGUGGGCAUCUUUACCUUAUACAUACGGAUUGGUUGGUGUAUUUCUUCCUGCAGCUGUCUCUAUUUCCUGUUAAUUUCGUUCCCCGCCGACGUUAACAAAAGUCCCGAACUUCUGCCGAAAUGACCGUGCGUUCCCAGGUGGGAGAUCGUAAACAUGCAAACACAGGCUCCCCCUGGUGUUCUCCAAAGUGGAAAAAAAACUUUUUUACCUAAACACAAACUUGUGUUAGUCACAUAUCUCUGUAUACAAUUAAUUAACUAUUGUGCCAAAAAUUCGAUAGUCAACCAAAAACAAUUUACAUAAAUUACUGAUACCAUCCCACUGACAUAUACCUCAUAUAUAGCAGUGAACCGUUUUUGUCACUGAUUUUUAAAUAAUGCUUAUGUGUUAAUGUUCAAAAAAUGUGGUAUGAACUAAAGAAAAUAAUUAUCAGAAUCAAUUACAAAAUGUCAUUGAUCAAAAAACUAAUAAAUAAAAAAAUUAACAAUGAACAAAAAAAUGUAGCCUCCUUUUGAAAUCGUGGGUGGCACUCAUGAGGCGCCUUUAUCAUCUCUAACUUGUGAGUGUAAUUGUAAAAUAGUUUUUUCUAUAUCAGGCAAUAUUGCACUAUGUUAUAACUUUAUUUUUAGGUAGAUCAGCAGGAUCCCUAAAAUUUUCUGUACUAUACAUUUCUACUGUGGUUGGUUACCACCUGGGAAGUAACCCUGGAGACUGUGUGCCUAGAAGUUAAAGGAGCACUAUAGGGUCAGGAACACAAACAUGUAUUCCUGACCCUAUAGGGUUAAAACCACCAUCUAGCCACCCUGGUCCCCUAAUGCCUCCCUAAAUAUAGUAAAGUCUUACUUGUAUUCAAGCCUGAAGCUGCAGACUUUGUCCCUGUUUCCUGUAGAUCUGCCCACUGUCUGCUGACAUCAUCAGAAGUGGUGGCCUGAUCCAAUCACAAUGCUUGCCCAUAGGAUUGGCUGAGAAUGACAAAGAGGCAGAUCAGGGGCAGAGCCAGCAAAAUUCAAACACAGCCCUGGCCAAUCAGUAUCUCCUCAUAGAGAUGAAUUGAAUCAAUGUAUCUCUAUGAGGAAAGUUCAGUGUCUGCAUGCAGAGGGAGGAGAUACUGAAUGUUUGGAUGUAUUUUAAGCAGCCAUAACCCAGGAAGGAUCUCUAACAGCUAUCUAAGGAGUGGCCAGUGAAGUUAUCACUAGGCCGUAAUGUAAACACUGCAUUUUCUCUGAAAAGACAGUGUUUACAGCAAAAAGCCUGAAGGUAAUGAUUAUAUUCGCCAGAACAAAUUCAAUAAGCUGUAGUUGUUCUGGUGACUAUAGUGUCCCUUUAAGUUUAGAUUUUUUUUUAUAUUAUCACAUUUCACUGGUGUCAGGUGGAAUUGUCACAUCCAUAAAAUCUAUACAAACUUUUUUGAGAAAUCAAAUAUUUAAAACACAGGAUUCCAAUGAUUAAUGUGCAAAAUAAAGACAUCAGGACGGCUGACUACCCCUCUGCUGUGUUUAUAUAACUUUAGAUUUUUCAAUAAAACUUGUUUGGUUUUUAAGUGUUUUUUUACUGACACUCUAAUGUACUUCCCAGUGCCUGGGUAUUGUUUUGUUGAGUGAUGUUUCUUCUCGUUUAACAUUAAUGCCGAGGGUACUGAUCAUAUUUUGUACGGCGUGAAAAACGUGAUAUACACACAAUAGAUUUUCCUUCCAUAUUCAUAUCUUUCAGUUUUCAGAUCCACUAGGCAGCAAUUAUCUGACUAAUUUCUGUAAAGGUGGGUGAGCAUAUUGUAUGGCAGAGAUAUCUGACAGAUACAGUUGCAUGUCUGGCAUGUCUAACACCUCUUAUCAGCCUGGGAAAGAUGACAAUGUAUAUGAAUUUGAGAACCAAGAAUGGCAAUUUAAAGAGCUAUGUUUCUUUAGGAUGUGCAGGGCUAUCUACAUGCUGCUGUAUGGUAUUGGGAAUGAUUGUAUCUUGCCAGUUGGGAGUACACCAUAUUAACUGCAAACUGUUUUUAUUCCAGUUAUACUUGGGUAUUGUCCUGGCCGCAGUAGUGAUCAUCACUGGUUGCUUCUCGUAUUAUCAAGAGGCCAAAAGCUCUAAAAUCAUGGAAUCGUUCAAGAACAUGGUGCCUCAGGUGAGAUGAAAUGGGAGUGGGGGUAAGACAUGGGGAAAGAAAAACCGCAAAACACAAUGAAGGCAGAAAGCACAAUUUAGAGGAUGUAUACGUUGGUAACAGUUACUGAGAGUAAGAAAGAAAAACAAGAUUACAAAAUGAUUAGAUGAGUGUGAUAGAUGAGGAGAAUUAAAGAUUAAAUCAAAUCGAGAAUUCACGGUGAAUUCAGAUUUAAAACUAAAAUAGCUAAACUGGAAAAAUUCUCAUACUUAGCUAUGCUUCUACUUUGGCUAAGCUGGCCUUAAAUUUAAAAUUCACUUUGAAUUCACUUUAAAUUCUCACUUUAGUAAAUAACCCUGUUAGAAUUAUAUAGAAAUGUGGAAAUAUGCUCUUAUAAUUCAUGACCAAUGACCAUCGGACUACCAUGUUCUUCAUCUCAUUCUCACUUCCUUCUUCAUUGACUUCCUUCAUGACUGGUUCUACUGAUUCUCUACACUUCCUUUGCUUCUUCUCUGAGAGCCCAUGUCUCUUACUUUCCCUCUGCAAAUUUCAUGAAGUUUGUCCUAUUUUUUUAUUUGUGUCUUUUCUGUUUUUGUGGUUUCCAUGUCUCAGCAUUUUGUUUUUCAGAAAUGUCUAUAUUAAAUUAUUCCCCUCUGUUUCCUUUUUUUUUUUUUUUUUUUUACUCCAGCAAGCUCUGAUUAUUCGGGAAGGUGAAAAAAUGCAGGUGAAUGCCGAAGAGGUUGUAGUUGGAGAUCUGGUAGAAAUUAAAGGUGGAGACAGGGUGCCGGCUGAUCUGCGAAUUAUCUCAGCCCACGGCUGCAAGGUAAUUUAGGACUUCUCUGUGACAAAACCCUGUAAUUCCUUGUCCCAGUUAUUUUACCUGCAUUCGGUAGAUUGAUCUACUGAACACCGACCACCCCCCAGCUCAUUUAACUUCAAAGAAAACCACAAACUUAAGUGCUCUCUCUGUGUGGCUACCGUUUGUAUAACCGAACAAAACUUGCGCUGGAAAAAGGCAGCAAUCUUGUCUCCUGAAAGCAGGCAGCGGUACUUGGUCAUUGAGUGUCUGGAACUCUAACUCAGACACUCGACCCCGUGAAUAAUGAUAGCUUUCCGCGAAUGCCUGCUUCUAUAAUCAACAUGCCAGGAGAGCGCUAUUCAGUGGGAUUGUUCGCACGAACCAGGCGAACAAUCGCUACCUAUGAGCCAGGGGAACCGUUUGCUAUUUUGUUCAUUUUGGAACUCCCAAAAGUGACCGACCAUUACCAGACGCCACAUGUGCGGUGGGUCAAAACUUUAGCCCGGGGGCAAUUUGGCUGUGUUCGUGGGAUCUGAGUGCUAUUUAUAUAUGUUGUGCGCUCUCAUGGAAUAUCGGGGGAUAUAAUACUUGUGGGGGUUUAUUUUCUGUACCUCUAGUGCCUGGGAGAUAAUUAGUUUAAGCAAAAUACACACAAUUAUCUCCCAGACACAGAGACUCCUGGGUGUGUUUUACCAUGCUAUUGCUGGAGACCCCAUGCUGGGAUCUGUGUAUAAAAGUGGGCUAUCUGGCCAUAAUAAAACACUCCUGUUGUACCCUUCAUCAAGUCUCGACUGAUGUUUGGGUAUGCGAACAAACAAAACUAUUGAUUUUUCCCACGACCCGUUUGGAUUUCGGGAGAGUACGAACUAGCGUACUAAGCAAAUGGGCUAUAAUCACUCAACCCUCUAGCAGUUCGGGCGUGUGUGAACAAAUGGAUCAUACGAAAUGCAACGGGUUUGUUACAUUCUCCUUCACGGCACAUGUCAAGUAGCAAAAUAUUAGAAUUCCCCAAGGCUGGACAGUCAUAGCAAAACUGUGUCUACAAUGAAGCCGCUGGUUCUAGAGAUUUUUGUGACAUACAGAGAACUCAGUGGAAAUCAUUUUCCAUGGGUUUUAACUUCUUAGUAAAAUCAAAGUUAUUAUAAAAUGUCUAACUUACUAAUAUUAAUGAUAUUUAAUGAGUUACAUACUAACCAUAUGUCUCCUUCCUUUCAUUUCCUUUCCCCCUUCCUUUCCCCUUCCCCUUGCCCUUGCCCUUUCUCUUCCCCUUUCCCUUCCUUUCUUCCUUCCUUCCUUCCCUCUCUUCCUCCCAUUUCUAAUUCACCUUUCAGGUAGAUAACUCUUCUUUGACGGGUGAAUCUGAGCCCCAGACCAGGUCGCCUGAUUGCACUCAUGAUAACCCUCUUGAGACAAGGAACAUCACUUUCUUCUCCACCAACUGUGUAGAAGGUAGGUGUCAUAGUUUCAUGUUCAUAUGGAUGAUGUUUGUACAAUAUUUGCCAAUGCUUGGUGGACAGGUCAGCAACAUGAUUUCCUCCUCUGGAAUUUAAAAAAAGCAAGAUUUGAACUUUAAUGUAUUGAUGGUGUCUAAUCAGAGUCAAGUGUCAAGGUAAGACAUGCAAUGUAUCACUUCCAUUACUCUGUAGUUUAAGUUACAAAUUAACAGGGAAUUUCAGAAUUGUUAUAGACCACAAAUUAGGCAGCAAUAUGCAAUGUCAAUCUGCAGUUGCUAAGGCCAGUAGAGUUUUGUCAUGUAUAAAUAGGGACAUAAAUUCUCGGGAUGAAAAUAUAAUUUUACCUCUUUAUAAAUCACUGGUAAGACCACACCUUGAAUAUGCUGUGCAGUUUUGGGCGCCUGUUCUAAAGAAGGAUAUCAUGGCACUAGAAAAAGUGCAGAGACAAGCUACAAAAUUGAUAAAAGGAAUGGAGCAUUUUAGUUACAAAGAAAGGUUAAAAAAUUUAAAUCCCUUUAGUUUGGAAAAAUGGCGCCUCAGAGGGGAUAUGAUAACAUUAUACAAAUAUAUUCGGGGUCAGUACAAACCAUUAUCUGGAAGUAUAUUCAUAAACAGGCUAUACAUAGGACACAAGGUCACACAUUUAGGCUGGAAGAAAGGAGAUUUCAUCUAAGGCAAAGAAAAGGUUGUUUUUACAGUAAGAGCAAUAAGGAUGUGGAAUUCUCUGCCUGAAGAGGUGGUUUUAUCAGAGUCCAUACAGAUGUUUAAACAGCAAUUGGAUAGAUACUUGCAAAAACAUAACAUGCAGGGAUAUAAUUUCUAAAUAGUGGGGUAAUAGCUGCUUGAUCUCUGACUGCUAUUUUGGGGUCAAGUAGGAAAUGUUGUUGCAAAAUUGGAAGCGCUUCAGACUGAGUUUUUUGCCUUCUUUUGGAUAAACAGCAAAAACAUAUGUGAGGAAGGCUGAACUUCAUGGAUGCAAGUCUCUUUUCAGCUAUGUAACUAUGUAAUAGAGUACUCAUCAUUGUAUCUACAGUUUGCAUUCCAUACAGUGAUGGGUGAAAUAUAUUAGGAUGAUAUUUAGGAAGAGGAUGGAAGCAUCAGUAAGACAACUAGAAUGUUUGGUUACUUACAGGUACAGCUCGAGGGGUGGUAGUUGCUACAGGAGACAGGACCGUCAUGGGACGUAUUGCCACCUUGGCUUCUGGUCUCGAAGUUGGAAAGACACCAAUUGCCAAAGAAAUUGAACACUUCAUUCACCUUAUCACCGGCGUUGCUGUUUUCCUGGGAAUCUCCUUCUUUAUCCUCUCCCUCAUCCUGGGCUACAGCUGGCUAGAGGCUGUCAUCUUCCUUAUUGGCAUCAUUGUGGCUAAUGUGCCAGAGGGACUGCUGGCAACCGUGACUGUAAGUAUUGGUUAAAAUAUCCCCCUCUCUGAGCACAUACUGAGGAAUGAAUCCACAUGGUGAGAUUUCAUGUCAUUGUGAUGACAACCUACCUAACCUCAUGACAGAGGAUAUUGAGUACCCUACUUGGCUGCUGUGAAUAUAAUAUAGUAUUCUUUCCGAAAUUGUGUUUAAAUUAAUGUUGGUUUCCGAACAUCUUAACACUCCACUGUCCAAAUAUAAAAAUAAUUGUCUGCACCCUCCAGCGUUCCAGUCAUGCUGGAUCUCCCACAGAUCUAAGGUAAACCUCAGAGAGGGGGAAUAAUCUUUAUUUUUAUUUGUUUUUUGUAAUAUUAACAUGUUUUUUCUCCUGCCCAAACAUUCCACUCAGUCCAAACACCUUUUCAGCCCCAAACUCCCACUUCAGCCCCAAUCCCCCUGCUUCACCCCUCACUACAGCACCUAUGCCCCCACUGCAGUCCCUAACCGCCUAUCCCUCACAGACAUCUGUUUCUCCCCAGUACAGUGCCUAUCCCUUCUACCACAGGAUCUAAACCCCCACUGCAGCCACUGACCCCCCCCCCCCCGCAGCUUCUAUCCCCUGCAACCUCCCCUCUACCCCCACGAUCUAUAGAAACACCUAUAUGCACCUAUAGAUACUAAAACGCUUUUAAUGUAGAGUAUAUGUAAAAUAACUGGUCUACAUGACACAAAGCAAAUCGGACAUUGUUAUCAUAGUUUAUAAUACUCAUCCCAGAAUUAAUUACUUACAAGCGGAAUUGAGCCUCUGAUGUAAUUUCAAAGGAUUGUGUUAAUUCUCUAUCUCCCGUCUGCUGUAUCUCAUGGUGGCUGAUCUGACAGGGGAUUGGUUUCCAGUAGCACUGUUGCCAGGGGAACGGUGGAUUCCUUUAAAGCUUUUAUAAUUUAGCCAUAAUUAAAGUACUAUAUAAGUCGAUCUUUUUAUUUAUACAUGCGAAUGCUAGAAUGAAGACUUACUGCUUACACAGGAGGCAUUUUACCUUUUAAUAUCAGAUCACAAUGAAAUUAAAUAUUUAUGAAUAAAUGACUUACGAGGGAAGUACUCACCUAAAAAAAGCAUUUCUUGUUUGCUGAAGUGAUUCCAAAUUAUGCACAAUACACAAGGGAGCCAGUCCAUACAAAACAAGCUGUGAAUAAUUUAACAGCUUCAGGAAAUGCACCAAUCACAGAUGGAAUGACGGAAUGUGGUCAUAUCAUGCGUGAUCAGCCAUUAUAUCAAGGCAACCCUAGAUAAUGUAUUUUCUAUUGUCAUUUUGUAUUCUUAGAUUUUGCUAUUAAUCUGUAUUUACAAAUGCAGAAUCUCUUGAAAAAAAUACUAUAUUUUGGUAGAUUCAAAUGCCCCAUCUUGUGGUACCAUAAAAAUGGGAUUGAAUUCCCCUUGCUCAUUGCAAGACAAAGUCGUGUUUUUAUUCAGCUUUAAAAGAAUCUGUAAUAAAAAGAUAAUAAAUUGCACUGAAAGAAAAGUUCGUAGCUAGAAGCAGUAGGUCACACGUCUAUAGAAUAUAAUGUUCCAUUUGGUGGACCCUAUCUCCAAAAUUCCUUUAAUAAAUUCUCAACGUGCAUUAUUUAGAUUAAACUUCUCCAUAUAAUUGCAUUCACAAUACACCAUAAUUCUUUGUAUAAAACCACACAAUUGAAGUGUUAAACAGCAAUGUGAGUGGAUAGAUAAAAAAAAUAUUAAUUUUACUGAUCAAUAAGGUUUAGAAAAUAGUCCAAUGGAUGGAUAUCAUUAGACAUAAUUUAUGAGUGGUUCUUUCUCACAGAAAAGGGUAUGGCUCGUGAAAAUCUCUACAAAUGUUUUCAAACAUGGUAAAAGAUAUGUACAGAAGGAAGUCUAAGAAUUGUAUAAAAUGUAGACUUUAAGCAAUUCUGAUUACGAAAUCAGGGUAACAAUAGCAUAUGUAUAAUGGAAGUAGCUACAGAGAGCAGUUAUGUAGUAAUUAGUAAUCUGUGAGUCUUGUGGCAUAGAUCUAUAGUAGAACACGGGAGACAACAUUCUAGAUGCACUGGGCCUUCUCUUUGUCUUUACAUCCCUAUUAAAACAUAUGAUUCCUACAGCGAAUGCCCUUACCUGAAAAAUAUUGUCACUGUAUAAAAAAUAACCGUGUACUGUUCUGAAAACAUUUAAAAUAUAGGCUAAGGUAUGCAAAGAAAGACUUUGUUUCCUAAGCUUCGAGUUCGGGCUUCAAUUCAAAUAUUCAUGAUAUUGACAGAGUAAAUAAGAUAUGUAUGAAACUAAAAUAUAAAUCUUGGUAGAUUUCAUUGCAGGAAUAUUCUUGUUACAUUUUAGUGAAGGGAUACAUCAUAUGAAGAUAUUAGAUCCAUGGCAGGCAGAUAAGUGAAAAUAUUUCUUCUGUAGAGCAACAUGUAAAAUGACACUGGUGGGCCUAGUCAGCAUUAAAAAAGGAUUCCAUAUAAAAUCAAAAUGUUUCCAAUUAAUCAAACGGUUUUCAAAUAAUUUAAAGAUACAGUACUAAACAGAGACAUGGAAGGAUAGGAACAAAUCACACAAAUCACAAAAACACAGAUUAAAAAAAGCAAAGGGCCUAAAAAUGAAUCUUGUAUGUAGAUGUAAAUUCCUUUGGGACCCACCUAAUACAACCUGGAAAUCCCAAUGAAAGAUUCAUGUCUCCCAGUGUGGCGCCUUCUAUGUAAGCCUCGUGACAUCACCUCCAACAAGCUCCGGAAUCAACAAUGCCUCUCAACUGCUACCUAAUUGUUGUUGCUCUGUGAAUGUAUCAUGAGACUCAAGGAUUAUCACACCACCAUGUAAAGUUCAGAGAUAGAUCAAUAGAAGUUUAGUUAAAAUUGAAUAUACAUUAGUUCCUAAAUAAACAAGAAGGCACAAAUCCCUUUAAUCAUAUUGUCAUAAUAUUGCAAUGUAAAUUAACGUCGACAGUAUACAUUAGUUGAACUGCACACAGUUUGGGUCUCUCCUGGUUUUUAAAUUUCGGCUCACGCCAAUCUUGGAUAGUAUAUAGAAAAAAGGUGAGGUACAUCAAUUAUCCUUUCAAAGGCAGUUUUAUUGUGACACAGACAACUGCAUUUUGUUUGUUUGCUGUUUGCGUCUCAACAAAUCUGCCUCCUGAUUAUUGUACUUCAUCCUUCUCUAGAUACUGUCUUACUGCGCUCUGCUGCCCCAGUAAAUUAAGCAUUUGAUAACGAUCACUUGCAUCAUGUGUGUCUUCUUUUUCAAUUUGCAACCCUAGUUGGGUUGUCCUCCGACAAUUCCAGCCUGAUUGUUCUCCAAGAAUGCCAGCCUGGUUGUAUUCCACCAUAUUUUUAUAGAAUGUGUUGAAGUCUAGCUAAGUUGUGUCCAUUCUCAUAGGAACACAUAAUCACUAUUAUUCUGUUUAUUCUUCAAAGGUAUGUUUGACUCUAACAGCCAAGCGAAUGGCCCGAAAGAAUUGCCUGGUGAAAAACCUGGAAGCUGUGGAGACUCUUGGGUCAACUUCUACCAUUUGCUCAGAUAAGACUGGGACCCUAACACAGAACCGUAUGACUGUGGCACACAUGUGGUUUGAUAACCAGAUUCAUGAAGCUGACACCACAGAGGAUCAGUCAGGUGGGUAACACACAGAGCUUUGUUGGACUAGAGUAUCAUUGCCCGGCAAUGCAGCCAGACUAUGGUGAGUGUGUAUGAAGUCCCUGGGAGUAUCUAUGGCUGCAGGGUGAGACAGAGCUCAGGACAUUCAUAACUCAUGCCAGUUAUCAUUGUUGGCAAUGGGGGUCACAAAAAACAGUUUCUGUAUAUCCCAGGUACACACAGAUCUCUGUGAAUGCUCCAGUAUAGUACGCAGGUCAUACUGAUAUAGAUUACAGAGAUAUAUAUUAUGUCAUGCCUUGUAACUUCAGCAGCCUCCAUCUGUCAGAUCCAUAGAUAAUCUGUGCAGUAGCCAUAAGGCAAUCCAUGCAAAGACCUGUGAGUUCUGUGUACAUAAAAAAAUCUAUUUCAUCUGUAUUCACCUCUAGAACAAAUGUUUGCAGUCUUUUACUAUCUCACAACCAUGGCUGAUUUUGUCUUCAUAUGCCAUCCUGUGUUUUUACACUGGUUAUCACACUUUUUCUCUUUGCACUGGAAGAGAGCCUAUUGGGUCUGGUGUUGCUGUUAAAGAUGGACCUGAUCAUAGAAUCAUAUAGAUAGAAAAUACUAAAAUAGCCAUAUCUCCCAGGUGUCCUAGAUCUGGUGGGACAGUCCCAAAUUGGGUCCUGUGUUUUGCUAACCAAUAAUAUGAAUUCGGUAUUCUGUCUCUUGGGAACACCGGGGAAAAUACCAUGCUGUCCUCAAGCAAUUGGUAUAUAAAUGGUUUAAUUGGCAUAUAAAUGGGAACAAUUAUAAGGGAUGUGUUAGUAAUGCAGAUUGAAUCGAGAAAAGAGUAGGCCAGUGUCAUACAAGGAUGUUUCUAUUAUAAAACGUGUUUGCUUGAUGCACGUAUAUUCCAAGAGAACACAAGUAAGGCAAAACUCAGUUGGGUUGCUAGCUGACCAUGUUAUUACAGCAUAUACAAUCAGUCAGCAGUAGUGCACAUCCACUCUAAAUGUACAUGGCUACGUGCCCAGUAAUAUCCUUCCCAUCCAAGGCAACACCACACAUUUUACACUUUAUUAUGUUCUGUCCAUUUUAUUAAUAGUUUUCUGCGAUUAACAGAAGUCUAUUCUUAAAAAUAUAUAAUAAUUGCCCUACACAAAUGAAAUAAAACGCCGUUAUUUGAUUUAGAGCAGGAGGGGAACUUGCACGUUGCAGUUUAUUUUAAUUUUUUAAAUUUUUAAAUCAUACAUAUAGCAUGCGACAGUCUCUAUAUACCAUCCAGGAAUACUGGGGAGGGAAGAGUUAAUGAUUUAUAAAAACUAAAUAAAAAAUAAAAUAUAUAUAUUAAUCAAUCAAGAUUUCUGAGCCUAUUGAAGAGUCUUGGCCUGGCUGUAGCUUCACCAGGCCAUCGGUUAAUAUGGCCCGAGAGUUACCUCUUUGGCUUUUUUUUAAACCAUAUUUUCUCUUUAAUUUACACCCUGAUGAUAUUCUUUGUGUCUCCAUCUCUCAGGUGCAUCAUUUGACAAAAGCUCUCUUACUUGGGUGGCCUUAGCUCGGGUGGCCUCUCUCUGCAAUCGUGCUGUCUUCAAAGCAGGAAAUGACAACAUUCCCGUACUGAAGGUGAAUUAGCUACAAUACUGGUACUUUGUUACAAUAUAUGUUAAUACGUAUAGUUUUUUGUUUCAUAUCUAAUGCUUUCUGGACUAUUGUGAUUCAAUCCAUGAAAAUGUCUUGUUUCUUGCGUCUUGCUUUCUAUCUUUGUAAUUUAUCGUCCUAACUGGACAAUUUGGAUUGAACAUCAGAUCUACACUGACAUGUCGAUGUCUCUGUGUCUAUCUCCCUUAGAGAGAUGUGGCAGGUGAUGCAUCCGAGUCCGCUCUCCUUAAGUGCAUUGAAUUGUCCUGUGGGUCUGUGAAGCAUAUGAGAGAAAAGAACAAGAAGGUGGCAGAAAUUCCCUUUAACUCCACCAACAAGUACCAGGUUAGUUCCACAGCGAACUUCAGGUGAUGAAGUCCAUUCCCUCCAAAGGACAAAAAUGUAAAGAUGUUCAUUGUAGUUUGUUAACACAUGGUGAAAACCAAACAGAAGUUUAAAAAUGUGACUCAGAACAUAUUCCAAAUUUGCCGAUCUUGGUAAACAGUUACCUGGUAACUGUAUUCACACUUUUGUUUAAUUAAGAUAUCAAUUUUAGUUCCUUGCGUGAUAAAUUAGGUACAAAUAACCAGACGGUACAUCUUAGCCUUGCUGAACGAAUAAUUACUUUCUCCCAGCUGUAGAGCAAUUAUGUCAUGGCUCCAUUCUUCUCAAUGUCUUUAGUUAAUAUGAAAAAGCAGAAAGUACCAUAUAAUUGCUACUGCAAUUGAAGAAAAAAAUUGAAUGUGUCUUCUGCCAUUUUAUAUUUUGGUAUCAUUUGUGGAGAAAAGCAGUGCUAUGUAAGACACACAGUAAAAUAACAAUGAACUAUUGCUAUAUAACGUGAUCAUAAAAAAGGACAAUUCUGGGACAAAGUUCUAAACGUGAGGCCAUCAUUAUGGACACAAUGGAAUGUUCCUACUGGCCCAGUCAUUGGUCUUUAACCCAGAAUUUUGCUAUAUCUAUCUUUGCAGAUGAUUUCUUGUCUUUGUCUAUCUUCUGAAGUCUUGUUGACUGUCAGAAUUGCUACCAAUUAGGCCAAGUUAUCAAAAACAUCUUCAAAUUCCGCAUGUAUUAGGAGGCACAUGAAUAGUGUUUCCAGGCAGUAUGUAGAAUUAAUAUGUGGCCAGCAUAAAAUUAGUUAACUAGUCUCAACGUUCCCUAUAAGAUUCUUUUACAGAUUACUUUUUUUCUAGUUCUGGUCAUCUACCACUUGAUUGCAUGUGGAACUUAUAGCCGUCUGUAAACAUAUGGCCUAGAAGAUAUCUUUAAUUCUUUAAAUCACCAUCACUUUUAAUCUAUUUUGUAUACAGUUCAGCUGUGUUUGUCUGAUGCAAUCCAUUUCACCCAUGGCAGCCCCCCUCUCUCCCAGUUUCCCUCUCUCCCUGAGCCCUCUAUGUCCCCUGUCAUUUUCAUUCUCUCUCUGUGCAGAUUAGGCCCAGUUAGUGUAGGAGCCAGCUUGAUCCUCCUUAACACCCGUUUUAUAAUAACAUAAAAGCUUUUUAACUCUACCUAUUCAUCACACUGCCCUGGGUCACACUGACUUUAACCCUUACAGGAUUAUUUACUAAAGUUAGAAUUCAAAAUACAUUUUAUAUUUAAAGGUUAAAAUAGCUGAAAUGAAAAAUAAAAAAAAAUCUAAGUUAGCUGUGGUUUCAGACCGGCUACUCGGCCCAUAAAUUCUGAAAUUCGGUUUGAAUUCAGUUUGAAUUCUCACUUCAGUAAAAAGCCCUGUUAGUUUGAACACCCAAAAAAAUGUGAUGAGUGCAAAAUUAAAGGACAACUAUCACCCAAAGACUAUUUUUAAUAUAAUAAUCAUUUCAUCAAGUUUUGCAUGGAAAUAAAAUUAUUUUUAAACAAAAUAUAUGUACACAUAUGAGAAACUCAUCCCUACCUUUAGUGUAUGACAGGAUCUCUCAGCUGUAUACACCUUAAAGGGACUGCAGGUCCCCUCUCCCUCCCAUCCCCAUCUCAGGUUGCUGAAGGGGUUUAAACCCGGAAGUGCCCUCUGGUGGAGUUGACCCUGCAAGGUAAAUAUUGCAGUUUAUGAAAACUGCAAUAUUUACAGUUGCAGGGUUAAGGGUAGUGGUAGUUGGCACACAGACCACUCCAAUGGGCAGAAAUGGUCUGGGUGCCGGGAGUGUCCCUUUAAGUCAGACAGUGUUUGAAACCCGAUAGUUAGUCUCUAUGGUCUUUCUUGCUUCUAUGCUGGGAGUGAAGCAGGGAAGACCAUAGAGACUAACUGUCUGUUUCCGAACACUGUUUGACCCAAGGUGCAUGUAUAUGGCUGAUAGAACCUCUCAUAUAGUAAAGGGAUAGAUGAGUUUUUUUUUACUUUUUUUCUUAAUUUAAAAAAAAAAAAACCUCCUUUCAAAAUUGGAUGAGAUUGUUAUAUAAAAAAAAUAGUUUAAAAGUGACAUUUACAUCCUAGUUACUAUGGAUGUCUAAAAUAAUUACAGUUUAACAUUAUAGUACUGUCAUUUGAUUAACAUUGAUGCACACACUUCUCCAGGUACCCAAAAACUGAUACCGAUAUGGGAAAGUGACAUGUUUUGGGAACAGAAAUCUAAUUGGUAAACUUAUUUUCCCUUGUAUAUUACAAUUUCAGUUUAAUGCCACAGUACUGUUUCUGAAUGACAUUUAUACCUGUAUUUUCACAUUCAAUGUAACAUCUGCUUUAUUUAAUACUUUGUUGAAAUUGGCUAUCUUUGUAUAAGCAGCAGAUUAAUUUAUUAACUUAUUUUUGCUUUCGCAGCUGCUUACUGACAUUGUGCUCUCUUUCUGAAUCUAAUCAUGCCAGAGUCCUUUGCAUUAUGGAUUUCCUUAAAGGACCACUAUAGUGCCAGGAAAACAUACUCUUUUUCCUGGCACUAUAGUGCCCUGAGGGUGCCCCCACCCUCAGGGUCCCACUCCCGUCCAGCUCUGGAAGGGGGAAAAAGGGUUAAACUUACCUUUUUCCAGCUCUGGUCGGGGAGCUCUCCUCCUCCGAUCCUCCUCCUGGGCUGAAUGCGCACGCGCGGCAAGAGCUGCGCGUGCAUUCAGCCGGGUCACAUAGGAAAGCAUUCAUAAUGCUUUCCUAUGGACGCUGGCGUGCUCUCACUGUGAAAAUCACAGUGAGAAGCACGCAAGCGCCUCUAGCGGCUGUCAAUGAGACAGCCGCUAGAGGAAAUAGGGGAAGGCUUAACCCAUUCAUAAACAUAGCAGUUUCUCUGAAACUGCUAUGUUUAUGAAAAAAUGGGUUAACCCUAGCUGGACCUGGCACCCAGACCACUUAAUUAAGCUGAAGUGGUCUGGGUGCCUAGAGUGGUCCUUUAACGUUACUGUUAUUUUGACAACUGAUGUGCAUUUUGUACCUGUACAAAUGUGUAACCUUACAUUCAUUAUUAGUAUGUACAAAUGUGUAACCUUACGUUCAUUGUUAGUAUGUACAAAUGAUUACAGAGGUCAUGUCAAAUGUGUAUCUGUGAAUUUCUUUUCGCUAAUGUGAAGAACCUUUCUGUGUUCUCAGUUGUCCAUCCAUGAAACCGAAGACCCCAACGAUAAUCGCUAUCUGCUGGUAAUGAAGGGAGCCCCAGAGAGAAUUCUCGAAAAUUGCUCCACCAUACUAAUACAAGGCCAAGAGCAGCCACUAGAUGAGGAGCUAAAGGAAGCCUUCCAGAAUGCCUACCUGGAGCUGGGUGGCCUUGGAGAAAGAGUAUUGGGUAAGUACAUAGAAAACUUGUCCAUCAGGCUGAUAUUAUUUCUAAAGGCAAAUAGUGCAUUUUCUACAUUUAUACUUAUACGGAAUGCUGAGCAUACUUCAGAAAAAGGAACUGAUUGCAAGUAUACACAGAAUAUUAAAAUUGUAUAGGAAAAAGUAAAGGUAGAAUUGAGAAAGCUUGGAAUGUAUUACUAAAAGAGGUGGUUGAAUACUUCCGAGAGAACUAUCUUAGUCAGUGCAAUUAUGGGAUAAUAUCCACAUAAUUAUAUACCUUGGGUGCCAGGGAAUGAAGAUAUGUAGGUGUUCAUUGUGGUGUCUGAGAUCAAAAAAACCUUAAUAAGUGUUACGACACUGAGAGAAUAACUAUUCACCAUUUACACUGAAUUUGAGACAUGGAAGCCAAUUAUCUGAAAAAGAAAAAAAUAGGCUUUUAUUUAACCGAUAAUGCAAAAAAAAAAUAAUAUAAAUGUAUGUAUCCAGCAAGAACUGUCCUUUUGCAUUCAUGUAUACACCUGUAUACUUCUUUAAUGAGAACCUCCAUCUUGGCAUUGUAAUAUGUUGACCAUGCUAGUCUGGGGUGUACACCUUUUCUGAUCUGCAACCUACUUGAAUGGGCUAGUAAAGUUGUCCCCAGUGGCUUUACCAUAUUGUAAUCCGUAACACUGUUAUAGUCCGUAACUAGUUACUCUAGUAUCUAAAUUAUAAUACACUGUGAAAAAUAAAAACAAAAAAAAUAGUUUCCAAUGAUGACAUCUCAUAGAAUAGGUAGAUAACAGGUAGAUAAAUACUGGAGUUCAAAAAAAGUUUAUUGUGCUUCUGCUUCUGGUAUGGGAACAGCUCUUCUACAAACCCAAGUUUGGGGAAUUAAGUUGUGCUUAGGACUUGGUUGAAUAUCUUCCUUUACAUUUUGUGUGCUGCUCCGAUCUUCCAGCUUCCAUGUCAUGAUUUGGAACAAUAAGCUAUUGAAUGCUUUUUUUUUUAUAAAGGUUUGUUACAAAUUAAUUGUACCCAAGAUUGGGACACAAGUUCCAGCUGAUGAUUUUAGUGUCCAUCUCUCAUCCAUGUAAUCCAUGUGUCUCUUUCUUGCAGGGUUCUGCCAUUAUUACUUCCCAGAGGAGCUGCAUCCCAAGGGCUUUGCUUUUGAUACCGAAGACCUGAACUUUAGCACAGAAAACCUGUGCUUUGUGGGACUUAUGUCUAUGAUUGACCCUCCCAGGGCAGCUGUGCCAGAUGCUGUUGGUAAAUGCCGAAGUGCCGGAAUCAAGGUGAGAGGGACAAUAUAGUUGGGGUGCAAGUGAUUGCACUGUUAAGAACUCACCCACACUAGUUGUGCGCUAUUUUCCUAAAUAGUUUUGAACCCUCACACAGAGAAUAGUUCUAAUAAUACUGCCAGCCAAUACUUUGUCAAUUAAAGGAUUCAUCAAAACUGCUUCAGAAUCACUCCAUCUGGCAUACAUUUAUUUUUGGUAGAUUUAGCUUUUCACUUUACAAUAUAUUUGAUUCUAAAUAAAACUAAAUUAUUCAUGCAUGCAUGCUAUUUCAGUAGUUCACUUCUAAAAUGUUAUUUGCCUUACUUACGUUACAACGUUUUAGCUAUAAAUUAAGCUCAUCUGAUAUCUUUUUAUAUCUGGCAUUAGAUUGAAGCCCGAGUGGUAUUAUCUGCUAGAGCAGAUAAAAUACGGGUCAGUGAUGGAUCUCGAUAUAGUGCAUGUGACUCACUCAGUAAAACAGGGAUUACUGAGAUGAUUCAUUCUGGAUCAGAUUAACCAAUCUUUGAUCUUCCACAGGUUAUUAUGGUAACAGGAGACCACCCGAUUACAGCUAAAGCCAUCGCUAAAGGAGUCGGUAUCAUCUCAGAGGGUAAUGAGACUGUAGAGGACAUUGCAGCCAGACUAAACAUCCCUGUCAGCCAAGUCAACCCCAGGUGGGUUUUUCCCGAUGAACAUAUUUACAUGUUGAUAAAAGAGGCAAAAGGAAGUGAAGACCAUCGUGGACAAUAAAUAAAGUGCAACAAAUGUGAACCCAUAGAAAACAUAUGUGUUGGGUACAAUUGUGACAUGAUGAUGUUCUUAUGAUAUUAUGACAUUAUGAUAGUAAUCCGACUGAAUUUAGUGAGGGAUUUAUCCAGUGAUUACCAGCUGCAGAAAAUACAGCAGAAGAGUUGCUAAUAAUUGCACUUUUAUCUUAUUAAAAAUCUUAGCAGUUUUACUUUUUUCACAAUAUUGUUUUUACAUGGCAUGGCAGACAUUGUAUGUAAAUUACUUUGAGCCUUGCAGUUAUGUACACAUGGCACUAUUGAAGGGGUGCCAGAGUGCUGGUACCUCAUUUCCAUACAGUGCAUCAUGGGAAGUGAGGUCACUUUGAACACAGAAGUGCCCAUAGCAGUACUUAUAAGAAACUGACACUUGCUACAAUGUUACCAGUUUAUUGUUUAAUUAACAACCUACUUCAUAUCAUGUGCUACUGGAACAAUACUGAAACAAUCGCUCAUGGGAGGUUAUAUAUCUUUGAAUUAUUUAUUUUAAUAUCUCAUGGUUGCAGACUACAUAAAGUGCACUUUUAGGUAAUGUCUUUUAAUACAAUUCCCCCAUCAACCAAUGAACACAUAUAUUUAUUCAUUAGUUUUAGUUUUUUAAAGAACAUAGAAGGGAAAAAAGAGUGAGAUCACAUCAUCACAUGUUGGUCUAGGGGUGAAUUGUUUUGUUUUAAAUUAUUUUGCUUUUUAUUAAUAAAAAUGAAUGUUGGUCCCUAGUCAUCAACAGCCUGGUCCCAACUGGACGUAUGGCUGUGAUAAAUAUUACAUACUUCCUUCUAGCCAUACCAGAAAUGGGCACUGUGAUACACCUUCAGCCAAUCACAGCCAUCCAUUGCUAACUCACAGCCGUCCAUUGCUAACUCUCCUCAUUAGACCAAUCAGCACAGAGGGGCUGGGCUGCUGAGGAAUAUCGUUUAGUAUUAAAACAUGAAAAAGGUUUAGCACUGAAUGGAAAGAUGACACCAGGGUACUCCAAACACUAUAACAACUGCCAUGAGAUGAAGCAGUUAUAGUGCCUAAUGUGUCCCUCUAACUGUUCAAUCUGCUUUGUGUCUCUGCUGUGUAAUAUCAUUGUAGCAUGUCACCCGUAUUAGUAAAUCACAGAGAAUCUGCCCCAAAUCAUCCCUGUCAUCAAAACGAUGGAAAUAUAUUCUGAUUACUUUGCUUUAGGAAUAGUAGAUUUGGUUCAUAACAAGAGCUGGUUUUAAAAGUGCCAGGGGACUGACAUACCCUAAAUUAUCCUCUCCCCAGAGACGCCAAGGCCUGUGUAAUUCAUGGGACAGAUCUGAAGGAUUAUAGCGCAGAGCAGAUUGAUGAGAUCCUGCAGAACCACACGGAGAUUGUCUUUGCCCGAACCUCUCCUCAGCAGAAACUCAUUAUCGUGGAAGGUUGCCAGCGACAGGUGAGAGUUCUAGAAUUACAGAAAGCAUUACGGCCAGAGGCAUUGCAGUGGUCAAGAAAUAUCCGGGGCUUGAGCCCAAAAGGUGAAAGACUUGCCUCUCCCAAACACCAGCUCUACAAGAUACGGCUCUUGACACCCUCAAUUACUUACAGUAACACACACACACACAAAGAUACACACAUAUGGGCACAGAGAACAUACACACUCUGACAAAGACACACAAACGCAGGCAGACAUACACAGGCACUGAGAUACAAUCAAAGGCAGUCACAGACAGACACAGACAGACAUGGACAGGCACAGCCAGGCAAAGGCACAGAGACAGAUACAGACACACAAAGACAGACAAAGAGAGACAGACAGGGAUAGACAGACACUCAGACAGGCACAUGUGUAUACAUGCAUAUGAUAAAAAAAAAAAAAAAACCUACUAGCUCCCUUUCAGUACCUUUGAUGUUGUCAGGAUGCAGGCCACUUUAUUCAGGGCCGGCGGCCAGCAAGCUCUGUGCAUAGGACGGAAGGUUAAGGAGAGCAGACAGCAUGCUGCCGGCCCUGCGCUCCAGUGUUAAGUUUAAAUGUCUAAAUACAGGCAGCAGUAAAAAAAUCCAAGGAUUCGCUCACUAUAGUGCUUGAAAGUACAAGAAUAAAUAAAAGUAAAAUAGACAAUUUUAAAUGUCGCUGUGCUGUGGCCACUCCUCUCGCAUUGCUUUGUGCUCUCCCUCCUGGUCAGUGAGUUUCAGCCAGAAGCAGCACAGUGAUAGAUAAUUAUAUGUAUAGAUAAGUAAUAAUAUUAAUAUACAUAUAUGGUAAUAUUCCCUGUAUCCCUAUCACUACUCUGAUCAGCCACAACAUUAAAACCGCUGACAGGUGAAGUGAAUAACAUUAAUUAUAUCUCAUAAUGGCACCUGUCACAUUACCACACAACACUACAAAUGACGAGUUAAGUCUAACAAUCAGGGGUUUAUUACAAUCAAUCUCCAUGUCCUUACUACUUAAGCUAAUGGGUGUAUCUGUUUCUCCUGACUAAACAUAAGCUGACAGCUUCCCAAAAUAGUAAUCUUUGCUCGUUUUAUUUUCCCUUUUUUUCUUUAAAAUGCAACAAACGUAUGACGUAUCAAAAGUUAAUCUUAAAGCGUACAGAAUAAUCUUGUGAAUUUCCCUGUAUAAAAAAAAGUGCAAUGUUUUUGAUGCCAUACUACUGUUACCAUGUGAAUUCAAACCGGUUUGCACCAGCUGAUGUGGCAGUGCUAAUCUACAUGUAAAAUAUCUGCACGAACAAAAUAAAGAAUUUAAAUAAAUAAUGGCACCUGUCAAAGGGACGGGAUAUAUUAGGCAGAACAUUUAGGGCUUGAAUUUCAUGUGUUGGAAGCCGUAAAAAUGGGCAAAGCGAAAAGAUCUGUGACUCUGAGAAGUGCCAAAUAGUGAUGUCUAGACACCUUGAUCAGAACAUCUCCAAAACGGCAAGUCUAGUGGGGUGGACCCAGUAUGCAGUGGUUAAUACCUACCAAAAGCGGUUCAAGGAAGGAAAAACUGUGAUUUUAAUGCUGUGGCUGAUCAGUGUAGAUGCAGACUCACCAUAAUACUGCACUAUCAUGUUUAUUUCAAUUUACUCAACAUUAAAUCUAGUGAAAUGAAAACUGAAUUGCAAACUUCUGGAAUAAAAGGGAAUCAUGACAUGUCACACGUGUCAUGUGUCCUUAAGGGGUUAAAGGGACUCUCCAGUGCCAGAAAAACAUAUCCGUUUUCCUGGCACUGCAGGACCCUGCAGUGCACCUCUCCCUCCUACCCCCAUCCCAUGUUGCUGAAGGGGUUAAAACCCAUUCAGUGACUUACCUGAAUCCAGCACCAAUUUCCCUCUGUGCUGGGUUAAGCUCUGCCCACACUCCUACAAGCUCUGCCCACGCUGACAUCGGCGGGGGAGACCUAAUGCGCAUAUGCGGCACUGGUUGCGUGCGCAUAUUAAACCUAUUAAAACAUUAACAUUGAAUAAUGCUUUCCUAUGGGGAUUCCGGCGAUGCUGGAGGUGAGGACAUCCAGCGUCGUUUAAAAAAACUUUGUGUUCUAAGAACACGGAAGUCCCUCUAGUUUUUUACAAACCGCCAUCGAGCCUUAACUGUGUUGAUGCACCCCACUCCCAUCAGUGUUUUUUUUUUUUUAAAGAAAAAGGUUUUGCAAUUGAUAUUAUAAACUAAACAUAUUUAUCUUUUUGUUUUACUGACCCACAUAUAUAUAAAAAACGUGAAUUUAUUAAAGAUAAAAACUUUUAUUCUAAAGAAUGUAUUCAAGGCUCUGCCUUCUAUUUUAAGGAGUGACUUUAACUAUGGCAUGAUUAAUGUCAAUGUACUACAAUUCCCAUGCUGCCCAGUACUAUCACCAUCUGCAGUGCCAAUGUUGACCAUCAGUGCCCUAGCACCAAGCCCAAAACACAGAUCUGUAACAACAUGCCUUCGUUCUUCAUGCUUCAUUCUUAACUUCUCGCCUCUGCAGGGUGCAAUUGUGGCCGUGACAGGCGAUGGUGUAAAUGACUCCCCUGCUCUAAAGAAGGCUGACAUUGGGGUUGCCAUGGGCAUUGCUGGUUCGGAUGUUUCAAAACAGGCUGCUGACAUGAUUCUCCUGGACGAUAAUUUUGCUUCAAUUGUCACUGGUGUUGAGGAAGGUAAGAAGAUACCAGGGCAUUUGUGUGUGAUAUCGGAGGGGUAACUGAGUAAUUUGAUUAAAUCUGUAUGGAAUUUCAAUGCUUAUAUUUCUGCCACCAAUAUGUAGGUCGCCUUAUCUUUGAUAAUCUGAAGAAGUCCAUCGCCUACACACUGACCAGUAACAUUCCUGAGAUCACACCAUUCCUGCUCUUCAUCAUGGCCAACAUUCCACUGCCCUUGGGUACCAUCACUAUCCUGUGCAUUGAUCUGGGCACUGACAUGGUGAGUAGACGACAGGCUAGCAACACAGAAUUAAUCCAUCCACCCCAAGAGCUCCACAGUAAUUAUCCUCACAUUAAUGUGUUUAAUCCUCACAUUAAUUUUAGCUGCAUAAAUUGUUAUUAGUAAGUCACCUAAAAUUUCUCAGGACAGCCCUACCCAUGGUCAUCACCCUCCCACUCACACCCCUGAAAUUAAAGUAUUCCUUUUUGUCCGUUUGAAAUGUUGAUCAGUGUGAUUAAGCUAUAACUAGUGACGAGAAUAGGGUUAGGAUUGUUAUUCUAUUCACUUAACUCCAAAAUGUAGCGAAUUGAAAUACAAAUUGCAAACCGUUAAAGAUAAAAUAGCUGUGCUCUUACAAUAACUUUAAGUUGGCGAAUUUUCCCAAAUCAGCUAUUUUUGUAAUUUAGUUUUACAUUCACUUUAUUAAAGGACCACCAUAGUGCCAGGAAAACAUACUCGUUUUCCUGGCACUAUAGUGCCCUGAGUGUGCCCCCACCCUCAGGGUCCCCCUCCCACCCGGCUCUGGGGAGAGGAAAGGGGUAAAACUUACCUUUUUUCCAAUGCCGGGCGGGGAGCUCUCCUCCUCCUCUCCGCCUCCUCUCCUCCCAUUCGGCUGAAUGCGCACACACGGCAAGAGCUGCACGCGCAUUCAGCCGGUCUCAUAAUGCUUUCCUAUGGACGCUGGCGUCUUCUCACUGUGAUUUUCACAGUGAGAAACACGCAAACGCCUCUAGCAGCUGUCAAUGAGACAGCCACUAGAGGAUUUGGAGGAUGGAUUAACCCAUUUAUAAACAUAGCAGUUUCUCUGAAACUGCUAUGUUUAUAAAAAAAAAUGGGUUAACCCUAGCUGGACCAGGCACCCAGACCACCUCAUUAAGCUGAAGUGAUCUGGGUGCCUAUAGUGGUCCUUUAAAGUCUUUUGGAUAAAGCUUGGUAAAUAAACCCACAAGGAGUGAAUGAAAAAGUAGCUUGCUAAAUUAAGGCAAGAAUAAUUGACUCCGCUGGUUUGACCUAAAUCUAGCAAACUGGGUUGUCAGAUCAGUACGGUUUACAGUUUAAAGAAUAACAGAUAAAAUGUUGCACUCCAUCUCCAGGUUCCUGCCAUCUCCCUCGCCUACGAAGCCGCUGAGAGUGACAUCAUGAAGAGACAGCCUAGGAACCCUCGUACAGACAAACUGGUCAACGAAAGACUGAUCAGCAUGGCGUACGGGCAGAUUGGUAGGUACACUCUGUUUAUGACCAGGUCAUCUCAAUCUUUCAUUUCUCUACCAUUUAUUAUUAUUAUUAUUAUUAUUAUUAUCAUCAUGUGAGGCAGUGCACUUAAGUGCUUGUUUAUUAAUAGUAGGUUGGGUGUUAGUGUCUCUUGUUGAAUGAAAAUUACGUGUUACUUAUAUGGGAAACAGGUCACUAUAAGAGUGCCCAUGAGCAUGUUAGAUGGCCGUGGCACGGGGUUCGGUUGAAAUACCAUAAACAGGUACACUGUCUAGGUUAUUCACUAAAGUGAGAAAUCAAAGUAAAUCCUAAGAGAAUUUGUAAUAAAAUCGUUUCUCCUCUGUGUCUUUUUCCAGUUGAUUGAAAUAAUUAUUUUAUGUAUAUUUCUGCUUGGGUAAAAGGCUCGCCAGGUUGAUAUAAGUCUAUAUUAACCAAAAAUACUAAAACACAAUCUGACUUAUAGUUUCUUCAGGUUUAUUCUUACAGUUACUGAUACAUAUUAAAACAACAAAGGAUGUUACAGGAUAUUAGAUGUUAAACAGCAGAUGGUAAUUGCUGGACUCCUGAAGUGAGCGUUAGUCUACAUAGUUAGAGGACAGCUGGACAAGAAGAACAAGACCUUGUGGUCUUUUGUCCCCUAUUCUAUAUAGCUAUGACCAUUAUGACAUCAGACCUUUUAAAUAUACCCAUGGCCAUAUAAGGACAAGGCCCCCAAUUACAACAUUCCAGAGUUCUCAUGGUACAGCAUAGCAAAGUACCAUCUGUUCUCUUUAACCCAUUAGACAUCCACGCCUACCAUGAAUAUAAAUAGGAACAUAGUAAUAUUCUACAGCAUUCAAAGAUAAUUUAAAAUUUAAGGUCAACAUAACCGAAGUGUAAAAAAAUUCUCCAUGCCAGCGAUGUUUUCCGUUUGGCUACUUUAGCCUUAAGUUUGAUAAUUACUUUGAAUUUACACUUUAGUAAAUAACCCUGUAUGUCUUGUCUCUCUCUACUUUUUUCCUCAUGUCUCCUUCCUCUCAUUCCCACAUUAGGUAUGAUCCAAGCCCUGGGUGGAUUCUUUGCCUAUUUCGUAAUUCUGGCAGAGAAUGGCUUCCUCCCAUCUCAUUUGGUCGGAAUCCGGUUAAACUGGGAUGAUAGGACGUGCAAUGACCUGGAAGAUAGCUAUGGGCAGCAAUGGGUCAGUUCUACCCCUAUGUGUAGAUGUUCAUGUAAUCCCUAAUCUAAUUUGAUAUAUUUACCUGGUAUCAAAUCAAUGGUGGAGGUGACUGUUGCAGAUACGCAUCCCUGACUACUCUUUACUCUUCCCUCUAGACAUAUGAACAGCGAAAAAUUGUGGAGUUCACGUGUCACACAUCCUUCUUUGUCAGUAUUGUGGUCGUACAAUGGGCAGAUGUCAUCAUUUGCAAAACUAGGAGGAAUUCAGUGUUCCAGCAGGGCAUGAAGUAAGAUACAAACAACCCAAAAUAAGGCAACUCUGAACAACAUAAAUAUGACAGCCAAAACACUGUCUCAAACACCCAUUCCAUAUAUCCCAUUGACCAGGACCAGAUGUCCACAAAAGACCCUCUAGAUAAUUGUUUAAGGUGGCUACAUUCUAACCUUGCCUAGAUUUCAGUUGACCGUGCCUAUGGGAUUAUUAAUCAAUUUGUUUGAAGCGGCUGGAAAAAUCAUCUUAUUCGUACCCAGUGGGUAAAAACAUUUCUUCACAGCACACAGACUCCAUGUCUUACAUGAGCUGUAUCUCUUUCCUAUGCUGUCUUUUUUUCUAUUCUUAUCAGAAUAUCUCCCUCUCUUCCAGGAACAAGAUCCUCAUCUUUGGUCUGUUUGAAGAAACAGCUCUGGCUGCUUUCUUGUCGUACUGCCCUGGAAUGGACAUUGCACUUAGAAUGUACCCGCUAAAGUAAGUAAGAUAUGUGGUGGUAUGCCUGAGGGUUCUCAAUGAUUGUUGUUGCAUAGUGUGUCCUUUUCCUCCUAGAAACUACAUCAACACAUUCGGCAGAAAGAAUACAUCCACACACAACAGUUUGUAGUACAAAAAAUAUCGACAAUGAGGCAAUUUUGCAGUGGUAAAAUAGUCUGAAAAAUUACAUAUUAUAACGAAAACAUGUAUUAGACCUGUUCGAAAAACAAAGAUUCCACGUAUUAGUGGCUUGGAGUGAAAUAAAAACAGAUUUGGGAAAAAACUCUCUAACUCAACUAUAUUCCCACUUGAUGUUUACCUUACAUUUCACUCCCCUAUUUUGCAAAUAAAUCUUUAAUGAUUUCAAGGUAAAGACAUCAAUUUGUCAAAAAAGUGUAGGGUUACUAGCAGCGCAACAUGUGAAUGUCUUGUAACUUGGCUGAGAAGGUGCAUCAACAUGCUAUGUCCUAUACUUUAAUGUGGGACUAUGUUCUUCAAUGCUUACAUAUCUAUUGAUUGAGUUUUUGGAUCUUUUUUGUGCCCAAGCAUAGAGGCAAAUAAUCCAUCUAUUGCUUUGUUUCCUAUAGACCCAGCUGGUGGUUCUGUGCCUUCCCAUACAGCUUCCUCAUCUUUGUAUAUGAUGAGAUUCGAAAACUCAUCCUUAGGAGACACCCAGGAGGUAAGAGCAGAAAUGUCACGAGAAUAUAAGAUAUUUUUUCCUACUGAUAGUAAAGACAAGGUGACUUCAUAUUUAGGUUUAAUUGGCUGUGUCAUUCACUUUAAUGGUUGUACUGCAAUUGGGGUAACAUGAUAUAUAAUUCCAGAAGGUGGUAGAAUAGGUUGUGUGACAUUGUCAAUGUCAACCUUAAUGAAGAUAGAAAGACAGAAUGACUGCAGUUUUAAAAUAAUCUAAAGUAACCCAUUAAAUCUUUGAGUAAAAUGGACACACCACAGCGACUGUGGUCACGUGGCUUGUGUAAGUUGACAGCGAAGCUCGCACACUCGCUAUUCUAAGAGCGCUACAGAAGUGCUCGUUCUGUGCUUUUGGGGGAAUUCUUUUGGUGUCACCAAUAGGAGGAACACCGGAGGAAUAACCCAGAAUGGAGCAGUCCUAAAAGGAUUUUAUCUCUAGAACCAUGGUACUUGUGAGAUAAGUGUUCGUAAAGAAGUACAAUUAAAAUACACUGUUAGAAUACUGUUUAAUUAAAAAAAUUUUUUUUUUUUACAGGUUGGGUAGAAAAAGAAUCUUAUUAUUAAAUUCCCAGAGAAGAGUCUCCCAGACCUGGACCCUCUCCAACCUCUGAAUUUCCCCCUACCCGAAAGAAAAUAAAAUCAAAACAAAAAAAAAAAAAAACAAAAAAAAAACAACCCCCACCAACAGAUUCCCUUGGAAAAAAAAAAAACAGCAACUACCACUGGAUUUAAAGUAAUGCAAUGUCAGCUGUAAAACCCACUCCCAAACUUUCUGUUCCAGGUUUAUUUUGGUUCUUUUCAACUCAUUUCUCUCCUCUCCUUUUUCUGUAAAAUUAUAAAUAUAUAUAUAUAUAUAUUAUAUAUAAAUAUAAAUAGUACCAGGAUUUUUUUUUCUUUGUUUUCCAUUUUGUUUUGAUUUUAAUGUUAUGAUAUAAAAGGAGGGGGAGAGAGAGAGAGAUAAAAAGAGAUAGCGGAUGGUGGCAGAAGUGGGAUUAAAAGGGGAACAUGGAUUAGGAGGAAUGGUAUAUAACACUUGGGGGAUUAAUUAGGGAUGGACAAACUUUGCAAUGGCACUGUCUUGAUUCUAGUCCAGUCUUUUGGCAGAUACAGUCUGCAGCAACUGUUGCGUCAAACGUCGACUGUCUCUGAGAAUGAAUAUAAAUGGUCAAACUCUGUCACGGACACAGUAGAAAUUUAGAAUAUAAAAUAUGGUAAAAACUCUAUGCUAGCAGACUUUCAAGCAAAUGUACAAAUCAAGAGCAAACAGGAUAUUAUUUUGGCCUCAUCCCCAAAAAUGGGGAUCACACGUUUGCAUAUAUUUUACCAGAGUCCAAAUUAUAUGAGAUGAGAGUUUAAAACCGUUAGUUCUCUCGAUCUCUGCUUUUGCAUGCUAUGCUGCUAGAGCAACAUAUAGUUUUCUCCAUGUAGUCUACAUGUAAAAUAUUAAAGCUGUUUAAGUGACAGAGUCCAUUUAAGGCUUGCAGUGCUAGAUAGGCCAAUGUGGCGAUACUUUACUUUAACAGCCCCCUCUAGUGCUGAAAAUAUGUAAAAACAAAAAAGUGUAUAAAAUAUAAAAAAUAAAAAAAAGAGAGAGAAAUGAGAUAAAAUAAGAGAGAAUAGGGGAAAAAAAGAAAUAUGGUUAGAUCAAUGUAAGGCUGCAAGAGAACUCUCUUCCAAAUAACCUAUUUGCUGCCAAAGGAGUGCGAAGACGCUGCUCACUGUAUCCCAGCAGCGUAAGGGGUUAAUCCAGGGAUAUUCUAGGGCACCAGUAAUAUUAUGCUUUAUGAACAAUCUGUCUGGUGUACAGUGUAGAUUUUAUUUAUUUUUAAUGGGCAUUAAGCCUUUGAGUGCCAGAAGGGGGUGAGUUACCCACUGCGAAGCAAUACAUUGCUAAAAUAAAAUAAUUCAUCCCUGCCAGGAACUCAAAAGUGUUGAUCGAUCUCUCCUGUUAACCCUUCAAUUUCCAGAGAGAGACCCACAGAGCAUCUCUCAUAUCGGAGUCUUGUUACUGUAAUAAUAUUCUCCCCCUCCCGAUCCCUCCUAUACCCCCAACAUGCCCACCUUGCCACUUCCUAUUUCUCCAUAUCUGCUUUAUUCAGAGUCUAUGGGAGUGAGAGGUUAUGUGUCUUUGGUAUGUGUGCGUUUAUUAGCAGGGGGUGAGAGGUAGGUGUCCUUAUGUCUCUGUUUUAGAAGGGGGGGGUGAUGCUUACAUGUCCCUCUUGUCUUUGUACUAGGCGGGGGUGAGCGGUAUGUAUUCCUGCUGUCUGUGUACUAGAAAAGGUGGGUGAGAGGUGGGUGAUUCUCUGUGUAUUAAUAGAGCGUGCGAGGUGGUUGGUUUUAUAUUAGGAGGGGGGUGAAAUAAGGGUCUGUUUAGUAGGACGGGGGCGAGAGAGAUGUAAUGGCAGGGAAUGCGAUAUAAGAAGGGCAAGUGUUUGUAAUAUGUGAAAGAUAUGUUAUCAUGUUGGCAAGGGUUAAAAGGAUUCACUGCUGUUAAAGGUGGAGGGGUGAUUGCCAUCAGUGUCUGUUCUGUGUCUCCACCCUCCUCUUAACAUUAGUUUUUGUCAGGUUGUCAGAAUUUUUUUUUUUGUUUUGUUUUUUUAAACUUGUGUUUUCCUGCCAUUUUCUGUGAUUUACAAAAAUAAAUAAAUAAUAAAAAAUACCCCAAAAAACUGCAAA